AUUCCCAGCCCUGUGCGGGGUAGGGGGGGUGGAGGGAUAGUAGUAGCAGCUGGAGUCCGGCGAGAGCAGCCCAGACCAGAAACAGAAAGAUCGGAAGGCACAAGCUGCAGCCUGCGAGACGGACAGCUUUGCAAAAAGCAAUCCCCGGUCGGGCAGACAACGCCAGCGGGAGGUAGCAGCGCCAUGGCUGGUAAGUGAUCUGAAGGAAAUCAGCCCUGGAAGUGAUCUUUUUGGCGCAUCUCCGCGGGGCAGGAGCCCAAAUUUUGCGCGCAGAAUGUCCCGGCUGGGAAAGACCUCUCUCUCUCUCUCUCUCUCUUUCUUUCUCUCUCUCUCUCUCUCUCUCUCUCUCUCUCUGCCAGAGACCUGAGCUGAAGUAAUAAUGAAAAUAAAUUCUAAGAAGGUGGUAUGACUCAGAACAUUUUUAUUUUUUUUGCAUGUUAGCAGACACACGCGCAAACACACUUUCCCCACCUCAGUCUGAGAGAGAGAGAGAGAAAGAAAGAAGCACAGCUCUUUGGAGGGCGAUAAUCCAGUCUGUGAGAUGCAGCGGUUCAUGUUGCCACAUCACAGAACUGCGCAGCUGGAAGGGACCACAAGGCUCACCUUGUGCAAGCUCCUGCCCUGCAGGAAUCUUUGGCCUGACGGUGGGACUCGAACCCACGACCGUGAGGUUAGGAGUCUCCUGCUCUAUUGACUGAGAUGUUUGGCUUGCUCUGUGGAAGAACACAAGAGCCAGAGGCAAAGCUCUAAUAAUAAUAAUAAUAAUUCAUCUGUAGAUUUCAGGGUGGUUCACAGCAUUAAGCACCUGUAGCUUCUCUUGAUCUGGAGAUGAAGUGGUUGGAGAUGAAAUUUGGCUCGUGGCAUCUUCUCACAGCCUUAAAAAUGGUGCCACCGUCUCUUGUGGCUGUUUGCCGUGGCGGCUGGGCUCUACCUCAAAAGUCGAGGCAGUAUUUCUCUGAAUACCAGUAGCUGAGAACUGCAAGUGCUGUUGGGCCCUAGAGUAUUCUUUCAGGCUUCCCACAGGAAUCUGUCUGGCUACUGUGAGAAGAACAGGAUGCUGAAUGGACCAGUGGCCUGAUCCGGCAGGCUGUUGUGAAGGUUUUCCUUAAGGCAGGGAUGUGUCAACUCCAGCCCUCCAGGCUCCUUGCUGUUGCAGCAUUUAGGCAACGCUUUAGAUACCUGGAAGUGCUUUGCAUGCAUUGUCUUCGUAAUCCUUACCUGUAAGGCAGGUCAGACUCAGCACAUCACAGCCUCUUUGCAGGUAAGGGGUUUGUGCGGACAGGCCACCUCCUGAACUGAAGCAGGGAUUUUAAGUGUAGAAUAAGCUCUUUUUGCCGCUGUGCUGUAACAGCCAGCUCUGAGACGUGUGUGGCCACCAGCUCCCUCAAGUCCAACCCCCACUGAAUGACAACUAUAACUAUAACAAUGAAAAGGUAAAGGGACCCCUGACCAUUAGGUCCAGUCGUGACCGACUCUGGGGUUGCAGCGCUCAUCUCGCUUUAUUGGCCAAGGGAGCCGGCGUACAGCUUCCAGGUCAUAUGGCCAACAUGACUAAGCCGCUUCUGGCGAACCAGAGCAGCGCACGGAAACGCCUUUUACCUUCCCGCCGGAGUGGUACCUAUUUAUCUACUUGCACUUUGACGUCCUUUUGAACUGCUAGGUUGGCAGGAGCAGGGACUGAGCAACAGGAGCUCACCCCAUUGUGGGGAUUCGAACCGCCGACCUUCUGAUCGGCAAGUCCUAGGCUCUGUGGUUUAACCCACAGCACCACCUGCAUCCCUAACAAUGAAUUAAUGGGGCAUACAUUAUUUUAAAAGGGAUGGACGCUGAUAACCCCAUGAGAGAUGCUUUGCUGGUAGUUUUGUUGCUGUAGUUUUUGCUGCUUGUCAAUUUGUACAACAAAUGUUCUUUAGAACCUUGUCCGUGUGCAAGAGCAAGCCUUCGGAGCAUGUUGUAUUCCACCCACUUUAAAAUAUAUUUUCUCCCUCCUAUGUUGAGACAGUCUCCUCAGGCAGUGCUGGCAUUCUGUGGUUACUGCCUGACUUCAGCUAUUGCUGUGCUAAAUCUCUUCUUCCCAUCACUUGGCUUUUACUUAAUGACAUGUAUUUACACACCACAGGGAGAAAAGGGAUCAACUAGGAUUUCCCCUCACUGUGGUGUGUGGAGAGGCACAUUCAAUUGCCACUAACUUCAAGGGAAUUUACUUCCGCAUAUACAUACUUGGAAAGGCAGCCUUUACGUGUCCCUGUGGUUGAUUUAAAAAACAACAACACAGUUUGAAAUAAUUCAGUCCAAGCCACGACUUUGCCCGCGUAAUGUUUUCAUUUCUAAUUUUUAUUAUUUUGAAUGCAAAAGAGAAAAUAUGAAGAGAGUGAGGUUAGAAAAUAUAAAGCCAUAAUUGGCUAUGCAGGCUCGGGUUCAUAGCAGGAUAAGUCAGUAAUUGUCAAGCCAACAACAGAUCAAUCAGCACUGAAACCUUAAUACUUCCUCAACUGCAUUCCAAGUAAAGCUCUCCUCUUGACCUUCUGCCUAAAUACCAUUCCUAAGAUUGAGGACAUACAUUUCCUAGAAACAAAGCUGCGGUUCCCCAGGAGCCAUUUGGGAAAGUUGUGGACUUUAAAUGUCUUAUACUACCAUACAUAGUAAGGACACCAAAUGAAAAGUAUUGAUAAGCCAACAAUUGAUGAGCUGGGAGGGCUUCCCUUCUCUGUAACUGGCACAAUAACAACAACAACAACAACAACAACAACAACAACAACAACAACAACUCAUCUCAAGUCUUUGGGAAUGAGGAUACAAACAGCCUGCUUAUGAACCUUUAGGAAAAUAUGCUUUCUGACUUUUAGAGAAACUCAUGAAGUUAUGAGGCAUCACAGUUCACGUCACCAGACUCUGUCUGGGUAGGAUUCACUCAUUUGACUUGGUAUUCGUCACACAGACCAGAUGUCUUGUGGCAAAUGCUAGAUGAUAACGAUCAAGAGGAAAAAAAACCCAUAAUUUUUAAUUUAAUUUCGCAAGAAAUUUGUGCACAUCUGAUGUUCUACAGUGUGUGCAGGAGAUAAACGCUGUCUCUCCCUUCCUCCGGUUUUUAAAUUAUACAUCUUUAUUAUAUACCUUUAGGCGCCAAGCGACAGCGUCCCUCAUUGGCUGAUUGGCAUCUGAUGCCAUUUUAAAUGUGUUGGGGACAGGAGAUUAUUGGGUUCUCCUUGUUUUUGUAUCUCUCCCAUACUCUCAUUAGUGAUUUCCUGAUUAUAUGGUUGUAAAAACUUCUAUGAACCUUUCCUUUCCCGUACCAUAAGUAUGCGUGACCCCCAAAUCUGUUAUCAUGUCCUUCUAGUUCUAAUGCCUCUUGCUUAUCCAAUCUCAUCCAGUCCUUGAUCCAUACCAAACAAGCAGAUUCAUAAUACAAUUUAAGGUCUGGGAGGGCAAACCCGCCUCUUUCUUUUACAUCUGUAAGUAUUUUAUGUUUUAUCCUUGGCCUUUUGCCCCAUGUUUUUUGUUUUUAUUAUGUAUUUAAUUUUUUUAAUGGUAGUUUUGUGUUGUGAACUGCAGAGCGGUAUACAAAUUUAGUAAAUAAAUAAACCCCGUGGAUGGCUUCCAGCUUGGAUAGAAGCAAAACAACUUGAUGACUGUCACCAAUUCAUGAAAACCAAGUCAGAAAAUAACAGAGUGUCCUUUUUCUGCUGAUGCUGUCCAGUCCAGUUGCCUUGUGUGGGAGAUUUGCCUCCUGCCAGUCCACUUGUCUGCUGUGAGAGAAAUAAGGAAGGCAGUGGUUUAAUGCAGUAGGAGAGGAUUUGGAGAGGGUGUCGUCCCCGCCAGCCUCACCCUGCCUGCCACUUGAUGCAACAGCUCUGAACAAAAAAAGGUGAGGGAACCAGUGUCACAGAGGAAGAGGCGAAACACCUUGGAGGAAGUAACUGAGCCUCAUGAAGGAAGUAGCUGAGUCUCAGAGCUGCGGAGGACGGCUGCUUUAACUUUAUGGUUUUGUUUUGGUUAUGCAUCGGUAUAUUAUUCCCCCCCGCCUUACAGGAAGGGUGUGGCUCUGCUGUCAAGCCCUGCGGAAUGACUGAGGUAAAAAGUGAGUUCAGGAUUUAGUUUGAAGCAAGGCUUUUGUUUUUUGGGUCCCGUUCCCCCCCCCAAAAAAAAUUGGAGACUCAGCCCUUGGUGGAUGUGAGCAGAGGGCUUGGCCCCUGCCAUUGAGCAAUCCCAGCCGUCUCUUCCACUUCUGGGAAUAUAAGAAAAGUUUAGCGUUUAGGCGUCAGAGUGGAUUACUUCCAAGUAGUUUUAAGCCCUGUCCAGGUUUCCUGGAGUUUCAGACCUUGAGAAUCUAAGGGGAAGGAGUUUGGGAGAUGACGGGUGAUGCCCAGCAAAUUAGGAGAGGAGCUUAGUGAAGGGUGGGUGGGUUUUUUUGGUAUUAUUAUUAUCUGUUAUUUAUUAACAAUUUUUACAGACCGCUUUUCACCAUAGACGGUCACAAAGCAGUUUACAAAACAAUCAACAAAACAAUUUAUCAGUCAAAUAAUAUGGUGUUUAAAACAAGGAAAAACAACAACACACAGGUAAAAACAUAAGUUCCAGAAAUAUAUUUAGCUACCGUAUUUUUUGCUCUAUAAGACUCACUUUUUCCCUCCUAAAAAGUAAGGGGAAAUGUGUGUGCGUCUUAUGGAGCGAGUGCAGGCUGCGCAGCUAUCCCAGAAGCCAGAACAGCAAGAGGGAUCACUGCUUUCACUGCACAGCGAUCCCUCUUGCUGUUCUGGCUUCUGGGAUUCAGAAUAUUUUUUUUCUUGUUUUCCUUCUCCAAAAACUAGGUGCGUCUUAUGGUCUGGUGCGUCUUAUAGAGCGAAAAAUACGGUAUAUUCAUAAGGAUGAAACCUAGUUGUGGAGGCAUUAGGAUGGCAACUGUGGGUCAGGGAGUUUAGCAUAAGGCAAUCCAUUGUUGCUGCACUUAUGAAGCCAAUAUCUUACCCACAGUAUUAGGAUCAAUAUGCCUACGAAUUCCAGUUCCUGGGGACGAUAAACAGAAGGGUGGUGUUGUGCUUUAUGUCCUGUUUGUGGGUGUUGCCAUCUGGUUGGGGAAGAAAAUAAUAGAAUUAUAGAGUUGGAAGGGACCCUGAGGAUCAUCUAGUCCAACUCCCAACAAUGCAGGAAUUUGUGGCUGUCACAUACUGGGAUCGAACCUGCAACCUUGGCGCUAACAGCUCUGUGCUCUAACCAACUGAGCCAUGUUGGACUACGUGGGCCUUUGGUUCAAUCCAGCAGGGUGCUUCUUAUGCUGUUAUGCUUUUAAGCCAAUCCUCAGUCUUAGCCCCUCAUCCUGAGAUUUUGCUCCAUCCUGUAAGGCUAACACAUGGUCUAAUACCUGAGACCUGGGCACCCUACCUGAGCCACGGCGCCUCUCAUUUUUCGAUGAUGAAAACGAUUUAAAAGUGCUUUUGUCUUGCCUCUUCUGUCCAUAAGAUGCAGCAGGUUAUCGCACACAGGCUCACAAGCAGCAAAGCGCAUUAAAUGCAUCGUGCAAAUUGCAACACCAAAGGGCCAUGCACUCUUAUAUCCACAGCCUUCGUUAGCAGCAUGUCAGCUGUUUGCCCUGAGAAUUAGUGUUUGAAUGAGUGUAUUAAUAGCACUGCUUCCUUCUUUCAGACAGGAAUAAGGUUCCUGCACUUCGUAGCUGUGUUUUGUUCUGUUUCUAAAGAGUUGUCCCCAGCUUCUGGGGGGAAAAAAACGACACUCCAUAUUCACCAGGAUUGUAUCCACCCCUCUUUCUAAAGUUCGCUAGGAAAAACAAGGACAGUUUUCUGAAACAGAGAUGCACUGCUUUUACCUCUUGGCAUUAAAAAAUAUCUAGCCUUUCAGCCUAACCCUUGUCACAAACUGCAAUGCUAACUUCCUCACAUGUUGUGGGUGGGGGUUAGAAUUCAAGCCUGCUGCGCAUCACCGCCAUCACUCCGAUGAGCAAAACGCCUCGAAUUAUGACAGGGCCAGGUUGUUAGUUGUGGUGGGAGUACUUUUAAAUCGCCCUAACCUCUGGGUAGGAGGUGUGGAAUUGCUCAGAGAGACACGUUGCCUCAUAUCUUGUGAGAGUUGUUGUAAACAUGCAAAGUUCUUUGCACAUCAGAUAUACCGCAUGCAAAUGAAUGUCACAUGCUGCACACGUUUUGGGGGCGGGAAGGAGAUCCUCAUUCCACUGUUAUUUUCUUCACUGCUCCAUUUAGAAAUUUCACACAGUAACACUAGACGUGCAGUUUAGGUUGCUGGCUGCCACCAAGUACUGUUUAUAUGUGGGAGUGGUGGAAAUAUACAACAGUGGACUAUUGCUUUCAAGGCGCUUCUGUUCAGAUUUGUUAUUGAUGAAAUUUUGCUAGGGGCCCUGUGCAAAAUGCCACCAAAUAAAUCUAUCUAUCUAUCAUCUAUCUAUCAUCUAUCUAUCAUCUAUCUAUCUCUAUCUAUCUAUCUGUCUAUCUAUCUAUCUAUCUAUCAUCUAUCUAUCUAUCUAUCUAUCUAUCAUCAUCUAUCUAUCUGUAUCUAUCUAUCUAUCUAUCUAUCAUCUAUCUAUCUAUCAUCUAUCUAUCUAUCUAUCAUCUAUAUCUAUCUAUCAUCUAUAUCUAUCUAUCUAUCUAUCUAUCUAUCAUCUAUCUAUCUAUCUAUAUCUAUCUAUAUCUAUCUACCUAUCUAUCUACCUAUCAUCUGUCUAUAUCUAUAUCAUCUAUCUAUCUAUUUAUCUAUCUAUCUAUCAUCUAUCUAUCUAUCUAUCUAUCUAUCUAUCUAUCUAUCUAUCUAUCUAUCUAUCUAUCUAUCUAUCUAUCAUCUAUCUAUCUAUCUAUCUAUCCCUCUCUCUCUGUCUGUCUCUCUGUCUCUCUCUCUCUCUCUCUCUCUCUCUCUCUCUCUCUCUCUCUCGUAUCAUACUGAUUCAUUGAGGAACUUGGGUCCCUUUGACUAUGACUAUGUGCAGUAUUUGCCCCCAAUUAUGUCUAUUAUUAUUGAGAGCCAGUGUGGUGCAGUGGUUAAGAGCAGUGGACUCGUAAUCUGGGGAGCCGGGUUUGCGUCUCCGCUCCUCCACAUGCAGCUGCUGGGUGACCUUGGGCUAGUCACACUCUCAGCCUCACUCACCUCACAGAGUGUUUGUUGUGGGGGAGGAAGGGAAAGGAGAAUGUUAGCCGCUUUGAGACUCCUUAGGGUAGUGAUAAAGCGGGAUAUCAAAUCCAAAACUCUUCAAACUCUUAUUCUUCUCUACCAGCAAUACAAAAUCUCAGCCUCCAGUUGGGAGAGACUCCCUGUCUGAACCCCUGGAGAGCUGUUGCUAGCCAGUGUAGACAAUACUGGCCUAGAAGGAUCAGUGAUCUCUCUGAGCUUCUUAUGAGUUUCUUUUGAUACCUCCACCUGGAUCUUUGGAACCUAGUUAUCAUCACUCAGUUCCUGAGCUCCCCAUGUACAACAGUUUCCCCAGAGACUCCAGGACUGAUAUGCAGAUGUGACUACUAGAGAACAAACCACAUUUCAACUAUGCUAUGCUACAUGGGGGGACGCGGGUGGUGCUGUGGUCUAAACCACAGAGCCUAGGACUUGCCGAUCAGAAGGUCAGCAGUUCAAAUCCCCGCUCUGGCGGGGAAGGUAAAUGGCGUUUCUGUGUGCUGCUCUGGUGCGGACAAACGCCAUCUCCCUCGGUCUAUAGAGCGAGAUGAGCGAGCAACCCCAGAGUCGUCCAUGACUGGACCUAACGGGUACCUUUACCUUUUAUUCUACAUGGACACUGAGAGGGUUAAAAAGGGUCUGUUAAUAUUGCUCACCAACAGAUGCAAUAGGAAAGGAGGAAUGGGGAGAGGAGAGCACAGCAAGCCUUAGAGCAGAUGCACCAUCUCUGCCCAACAAGUGUUGCCAGGCUGGUCUCCCCUUUGGCUUGAUGGUCUUCCUAGGAGCCGGAGGGUGCAGCCUCUCAGCAGCCCUUGGUCUCCUGGCCAGAGGCGGAGGCCAGAGUAUUCUUCCCAUAAUCUCUGCAGACAAUCUCCAGAGCAACUAGCAGCUAGAGCUGGCCAUAGCUGUCAACUUUUCCCUUUCUUCUGAGGAAUCCUAUUUGGAAUAAGGGAAUUUCCCUUAAAGAAAGGGAAACGUUGACAGCUAUGUUCAUGGCAGGGAGGAAGGGAAGGAAGCUCCCUGCAGUUGCUCCUGCUCUGGCCAAAAAUGGGACCAGCCUGGGCUCCAUCAUGUUUUGCCAUCAUGUCCUUCCUAGGAGGCAAAAGGGUGGGGACUCCAUUAAAUAAGAUACUGUAAAAUUGAGAGGGGGGGUUGGCCAUUGGCCUCUUCCUUCUCUUUUCGGAAGCUCUCCCUUCUUGCCUGUCCUGCCUCUUAAGAAGGUAAGAAGGGAUCGGGCCAAAGACCUUGUUCUUGUGGUAGGCAACCAGACAUGCACAAGAAGCCUGCGUUUCUGUGCGCUGCUCUGGUUCGCCAGAAGCGGCUUAGUCAUGCUGGCCACAUGACCCAGAAGCUGUACGCCGGCUCCCUCGGCCAAUAAAGCGAGAUGAGCGCCGCAACCCCAGAGUCGGCUACGACUGGACCUAAUGGUCAGGGGUCCCUUUACCUUUUUAUCCUGUCCUUCAUCUCCAAGAAGGAUUCUAAUUCCCCGCCCCUCUUAAGCCCCUUCCCAAAUAUCCAAUCCAAUCCAAAUCUUUAUUACGGUCAUAGACCAGCACAGUUCCCAAAUAUCUACACAUUAAAUAAGUAUCUCAGUUUAAGCACCUUACAAUAAAACCUCUAAAAAACAAAAAAUGCUAAUGAACACAUUUUGGGGAAAAUGUCACAUUUAUUUAUUCAAAGGUUGAUUUUUGCAUGUAGAAACUUCAGCAUCAAAAUUUGUAUCUUCAAGCAACUUUGGUUUAGAAUCUGUGCCUCAGAGGACUUGCAUAAAGGUUGAUUGCAUAAAGGUUCAUUUCGGUAUUCCUGGCACUAAUUAGCAGUCAGUUACAAAGGAACUCCAAAAAUGUAACCAAACCUGUAUUGAACUUGUUCCGGGUGCAUGUAUGCUUAUUCAAGUAAAAAGCUACCAGAUUUCAGGAUUUGUGGAAGAGUGACAAAUGAAUGGGUGAUUUAGAGCGCUAUUAAGAUGUGUAUCUCCAACUGCAGACAAUAUAUUUUAAGCUGGUUAGCGGCCUGUUAUGGGAGGGUGUCCCUCCAAACAAUAGGGGAAGUUUCUAACUCCCUAGUAAAACCAUAUGUUUCUAGCUAAUUGCCCCUUUGUAAUGGUUACAUUGAUAUAGAAGGGGAAGUUUCCAAAAUACUCUGAAGUAAAGCUCUCUUUGCUUCAGACAUGUGAAUUCCAAGCGUUCAGCACUAGGGUUGUGCAAUAGAAAAAAGCCACGUUAAAAAGCUUCUCCAUUUUUCAUCGAUUCAGUACUAAGUUCUGUUCUCCUCAUCUCCACAUCAGUUUGUGAUUUUCUUUUUCCCCUGAAAUUUGGUGGGAAGUUCUCCCAAUUUGCAUAUACAGUAUGUGUGAAGUUUCGCCUGAUUUUCAUGUUUCUGCAAAUCAACUUGCCCAGAUAGAAUGUGUUUCUGUAUGUUACCGUAUUUUUCAGCCUAUAGGACGCACUUUUUCCCCUCCAAAAAUGAAGGGGGAAUCUGUGUGCGUCCUAUGGGGCGAAUACAGGCUUUCGCUGAAGCUUGGAGAGCAAGAGGGGUCGGUGUGCACCGACCCCUCUCGCUCUCCAGGCUUCAGGAAGCUAUCAGCAAGCCUGGGGAGCCCACGGGAGUUCCCGCAGGGCUCCCUAGGCUGCGGAUAGCAGCCUGCUGCACGGAGCGCGGGGUGCGCUGAAGCAGUGCGCCCCGUGCUUCAGGCAGACAUCGGCCAGCCCCACAAGCUUGGGGGACAGCGGGGAGGCGCAGCGCCGCCAUCCCGCUGUUCCUCGACAUGGUUUGGAGGCUGGCGCAGGGGAGAAGCGAGCUUCUCCCCAGCGCCAGCCCCACAAGCUUGGGGGACAGCGGGGAACAGCCAUACCGCUGUUCCCCGACCUGGUUUGGUUUCCCCGACCUGGUUUUGGGGGGGAAAUAAAGGGAAUUUUUUCCCCCUUUAUUUCCCCCCCAAAAAACUAGGUGCGUUCUAUGGGACGGAGCAUCCUAUGGGACGAAAAAUACGGUAUUUUCACCAAUAUAUGCCUGUUGGUUGAUGAUCACCUUGUCCUACCAUGGUGCAUUUUGUGUACACCUUACUUGGUUGGGGGACUGCACUACAAAACACGAAAAAAUGCAAAUGUUGUUAAUUUUGCAUAGCAGUUCAAAAGCACAUAAAAGUGCAAGUAGAUAAAUAGGUACCACUCUGGCGGGAAGGUAAACGGCAUUUCCGUGCGCUGCUCUGGUUCGCCAGUAGUGGCUUAGUCAUGCUGGCCACAUGACCCGGAAGCUGUACGCCGGCUCCCUCGGCCAAUAAAGCGAGAUGAGCGCCGCAACCCCAGAGUCAUCCGAGACUGGACCUAACAGUCAGGGGUCCCUUACUUUUUCAGAAAAAGUGCUUAUUCGAACAGAAUCUACCCCAGCCCUUAAAACGUCUGCCACUCCCUGAUGGUUUGCUUUCCUAGAUCUGCAGCCUAAGUGGUGUAGUACAGUACCUUAUCACUGGAUUCUGCUGAAAUGUAUAAAUUUGGCCUUAACAGACUGCAUGUGUGGGGCUCUGCUAGUUGCUCUGUUGGUGACCGUGUCCUGAAGAACAUGGGGAAAGCACAGAUUUCUUUUUUUUCAAAGUAAAUAGGAAUUUGAACAUAGAAUUAUAGAGUUGCAAGGGGUCAAACCCUUGCGAUGCAGGAAUCUUUUGCCCAACGUGAGACACAAACCCACAACCCUGAAAUUAAGAGUCUCAAUCUCUACCAGCUGAGCUAUUCCUUUGGACUAUAAUAAUUUAAUAAUAAUAAUUUAUUACGGCCGUAGGCCCAUACAGAUAAAAACAAGACAUAAAUAACAGCCUGUGCACAUGGGAAAAAAACAGCCGCUAAAACAAUACUAUAACAAUAAGCUACUAUAAGAUGGAAUGGCAUACUACGCCUUAAUUAGCUUGUGGUGCUCCUUGGCGACGCUUUGGGUAAGGACAGCGACCAGGAACCUAGCCACUUUCAGGGUCGUAUGGGCAUCCUUAUCCUGCAAGAUUUGGGCAAGGUGGAAUUUUGGUGGAGUACCCUCUAAUUUCUGUAUGAUUGAUCCCAACAAGUUUGCCCGUGGCACCUUAAAUAAGGGGCAAGUGAACAUAAUGUGCUGAAGCGACUCCGGCAUCUCCUUAUCACAUUCGCACAUGGCGGAGGUUUGGCCCUUUGAGAAUCUAUGUCUCAGGACAUUGGAGGGAAAAACAUUAAACCUCGCUUUGGUGAAGGCCAGCCUAUGGGCAACAGUCGAAAGGGAGGAGAGGUAUGAUGGAACGCAAUAAGUUAAAGUGAUACCAAUGUUCUGGGGCGAACAAACACCUCCCCCCAGCAUAUAAUUUUGCUGUAAAUCGAUGUCAUCCAGUCUUUGGCGGAUCAGUCUUUGAGCAGUGAUUUGAUCUAGUUUUAGGGAAUCUAAGGGAGAGAUUCCAUAGCUCAGGAGUUUGGCAUGAAUUCUACUGGUCCAAAGGCUGGGGAAUUCAUCUCGCCAUAAGCAUUGGGCAAGGUAAUGGUCUGGUAAUCUAUGCCACAAUGAUAACCAAUAAUUGAAGACUUGCUUCCACAGGCAGGUUUCUAAGGAUGCGAUCCUCAAUUCUAAAUGCAUGGCUGCGUUGCUUACGCACAGGGGGGAGCAUUAGGAGCCGACGUAGGAAUUGGUUUUGCAAAGUCUCAAGAGGAGCAAGGUCUGUCAUCACGACCCAGAGCGGGGCAGCAUAAGCAAGCACGGGAACCACUUUUGCCUUGAACACCUUUAGGGCCGAGGGAACAUGCAAAGCUCCAUCCGAAAAGAAAAAUCGGAGGAGCGCAUAUGACAGAGUUUUGGCCUUAUUAAGUAGGUGUUGAAUAUGUGCUUUCCACCCCAAAUUGUAUUGAAAAAUAACUCCUAGGUAUUGAAAUUUUAGGACUUGCUCUAUUUUUGCUCCACCAAGCUUCCAUUCGUAUAAUCUCCGACUUCUGGCAAAAAUCAGAAUCUUAGAUUUAGCAUGAUUGAUGGUUAAUUGGUUGAGUUGACAAUACGUGGCAAAGAUCUUCAGAGCUCUGGUUAGUCCAACACGUGUAUAAGAUAGAAUUACCGCGUCGUCCGCAUAUAAAAGGAGCCUUUGGACUGUGUCUUUGAACACUGAGUUCUGCUUUUGCACAUAAUACACACUGUUGGUGAUAUUAAUUUCCAACCACAGAUCAAGUGGUUGGAAAGAAGCUGGUUCUUGACUUAGUGAAGUGCAAGUGAUGUCAUCAUCAGGAUAAGAAACCAAAUAACUUUCUCUCCCUCCCCCCCCCCCCUCUCUUUCUCUCUUUUUCUUUCUGCCUCUUGAUUUUAGGCCAAAAAGACAGAGUUUUUAAGCAGCAAUGCAGCAGCUGGUUGAGACAAUUUUAUUAACGAUUUUGAUUUGCUUGUAUCAGGUCUGUGGCUAUAUAAUAAAAGUUGAAUGUUGAAUUUCAUUAAUCCAACUAGCUUCAAUCAAGCCAUUCCUUCCUAAUGAGACAACUGGUUUUUGGUUUUAACAUUUUUUAAAAAGAAGACUGGUUUUCCCUCAAGCAGAACCACAUAAAAUUAAUCAAUGAUAUGAUAAACGCACAUGAUAAUAAUAAUCUGACAAAUAAAGUUGCAUAUUCAAAAGAUGAGCAGAAGUAUGUGUGUGACUCGCUGUGGUUUAAAGCAUUUAAAAAAACAACAACAACAUACACCAUUAUUUAGAUGAAAAGGCUUCCAGUGGCUUACAUAAGAUCAGUAAAAACAAGACAAUCCCUGUCCUCAAGUUUACAAUUUAAAAGACACAGCAUAAAAUGAUAAAGGGAUGAGGAGAGAAGAGGAAAACAAGCAAACUUAGCUACCGAUUGUUAAUUUUGCAUAGCUGCUCUGAUAUAGAAUAGCUAGCGCAAGAAACAGUUCAGAAAGAGAAGGAGCUGGUUUCUCAGUAGGGACAAUGGACAGGCAGUGUUCCCCAUCACUUCUGGUUCAGAAGAGACAAGGCACACUUGUAAAUAUUUCUGACAUACUCUUGUACUUUGCUUCACAAAUCCGCUUUCAGGCUACACAUCAAUAUGACACGUGAGGCUGCUGGAAACAGCAAACCGUUCGGAGGACAAUGACUCACAGAUACUCUUAGCUAGCAUAGCUGCCCUUAGCAAAAACAACAACACAGAGAAAUAUUUAUCACGUGCUCCCAAAUCAUCCUUAUUUAAACCAUAGUUCCAAAGUUGAGAGAAGCACCUGUUCAGACAGUCUUAAUUACGGUAAUCCUAUCAGUCCUGAUUUCUAAGAUCAGAGGAGUUUUCUGGCUUAUCCGCAACUAAGCAAAGGGCUGUGAUAACUGUGGCAGAGUACUGAAGUUUCCAGGUUCCAUGUAUGCGACAACGGCCACCAGAGUUCUGGUAGCACAAGGAUGGAAGACUGAAGAAAUCCCAACUAAAGAAUCAUGGCAAGAAAAAUUGAUGGAUUAUGCAGAACUGGCAAAAUUGGGUUUGUGGGGGGAGGGGAGAGGAAAAAUGGGGGGGAAUAAGGAUAUGUUUUUGGAAAAUAUGUUUUGUUAUAACUUUGAAUUAAAAAAAAAUUAAAAAAAGAAGUUUCCAGGUUCAACCCCUUGGCAUCUCCAAGUAGGACUGUGAGAGGACCCCUUCCUGCAAGUCAAUGUGAACAACACUGAGCUAUAGGGACCAGUGGCUUUACCCAGUAUAAAGCAAAAGGACACGUUUUUCUCUGUAUUGGGUCCCCGGCUAUUGUUGGACUACAACUCCCAUCAUCCCUAGCUAGUGGGACCAGUGGUCAGGGACGAUGGGAAUUGUAGUCUGAGGACCCAAGUUUGAGAAACACUUCUCUACAGGUAUAAAUGGGUGUAUGAAAAUGCGUAUUGCAGAAUUUGCAACGGAAGAGAGACCUGAUUCCUACAUCCUCUGUUUGUAGACUUUUCUGCCUGCUGUAAGGGAAUACUUUACCUUUUUUAAAAAAAUAACAUGUUGCACUGUUUUCUUUCUUUCCAAAGAUGGUCAUGAACCAUACAUUGAAAUAUGUGAGCAGCCUAGACAGCGAGGGAUGCGUUUCCGGUACAAAUGUGAGGGGAGAUCAGCAGGCAGCAUUCCAGGAGAACACAGCAGCGAUAUGAAUCGGACUUUCCCGGCCCUACAGGUAUUCCUCUUCGUUAUUGUCUUUUUGUCUUUCCCUUCUUUUAAAAAGGAACCACAAGUUGUUUUGCCCAAGAGGCAAAUGCUUAUUGUUUCAUUUACUUACUUACUUACUUACUUACUUACUUAUUUACUUACUUAUUUCAUAUUUCGCUUGACUGUAAAACAAAGAAAGAAAGAAACAACCCUCAAAUUGUUUUACAAAAUAGAUAACACAAUAAGAUCAAGGGUGCAACAACACUUUAAAACAUAAAAAAGUUAAAAUACUAAAACAGAUUAAAAUUAGCUCAACUUCCUAAGCAUCUGAGUAGGCUUGUCUAAACAAGAAUAUUUUAGCAGGCGCUGAAAAUAUUGCAAUGAAGGGGCUUUCCUGGUAUCAACAGACACAGGUCCCAAAGUGUAGGAAUCGGUGAUGCCACACUAUAUGAUCGAAUGCUUACAAAUGCAGAAUGGAUAUUACGUGGCACCUGCCAGUUCUGCCAAUCAAAGUGGUCAAGUGGGCACAUGGGAGUAAGGCAAUCCCACAGGCUCUAAAGGCCACUAACAACCAAAUUAUAUGCAUGUCUACUUGGAAGUAAGGGCCAUUGAAUUUGGUAAGUAAGUAGAACAGGCAUAGGCAAACUCGGCCCUUCAGAUGUUUUGGGACUACAACUCCCAUCAUCACUGUCUACUGGUCCUGUUAGCUAGGGAUGAUGGGAGUUGUAGUCCCAAAACAUCUGGAGGGCCAAGUUUGCCUAUGCCUGAAGUAGAAUAAUAGAAUCAUGGAAAUGUUGAGUUGGAUGGUCCAAGCCCCUACAAUGCAGGAAUCUUAACUAGAUCAUACAUGACAGGUGACCAUCCAACCUCUGCUUAAAAUCUUCCAAGGAAAGGGAGUCCACAACCUCCUGAGGGAGUCUGCUCCACUGUCAAACAGCUCUUAGGUAUAACACUGCAGGAGAAGGGCCCUUCCAGACCACCUGCUUAUUGAACCUUCAUUCUGAUUUGUUUCUGGGGAGGUUAGAUGAUGCUGUCUCAAAGCAAGUGCUAUCUCAACUUCCCAGUGCAUUUUCCUGUCACUUUCAUUAUCUUAAGAACUCUGAUCUUUAAGGGGGAACCCGGCUUCUUAACACAGCGCCUCCUAACCAACUAUACUCGGGCACUCUGAAGUCACCGGUAUGUGAUGGAAGUGCCCCAAGUUGAUCUCUAGCACACAAGUGGGCAAGCUCAGCCAGGGGGCCGAAGGCCGCUCUCCAUGCUGCUGCAUCUGGCCCCCAGGACUCUCCUCUGGCCAUUCCUCCUCCCUGGACACAUGCUCUCUCCCCAGGCCACAUCCUUCAUGCUCCAUUAAGGUUUUUGCCUGGCUGGAAUGUGUCCUUGAACUCUGGUCAUCGGUCUUGCUUGAUUGAAGCUCGAAAAAGGGUCUGUAGAUGUUUGUGGAAAAUACUCUACCGUUGUUGCUUAGUUGUUUAGUCGUGUCCGACUCUUCGUGACCCCAUGGACCAGAGCACGCCAGGCACUCCUGUCUUCCACUGCCUCCCGCAGUUUGGUCAAACUCAUGUUGGUAGCUUCGAGAACACUGUCCAACCAUCUCAUCCUCUGUCGUCCCCUUCUCCUUGUGCCCUCAAUCUUUCCCAACAUCAGGGUCUUUUCCAGGGAUACUCUACUGUACAAAUACAAAAUUCACAUUCAUUUCUCCACUCACUGUUGCCUCUGGGUUUUAGCCAGAAGGCUGGUGGUUUGAGCCCAUCUAGAGAUGGCUGUGGGCAGGAUUCCUACAUUGCAGGAGGAUUGGACUAGAUGACCCUUGGGGUCCCUCCAAACUCUGCUUCUAUUUGUCCUGCAUUUAAGAUGGCCAAACUGCAGGACUGAAGCAGACAGGAAAGUAAGAGCUUAAAAGCGGACCCAGCAGAAAUGGCAACUGUUGGUUGGAAGAAAAUACAUAUGAUAUUUAAGCGCAUGUUCAGUGGCACCUGUAUUUUGGCCUCUGCAGUUGCUUGUGUACUGCUGUUUAUUUGUUCGUAGGUUUUAGCUAUUUAUAAGAUGCUUGCCCUAACCAGUGAUGAUGAUGAUGAUGAUGAUGAUAAUAAUAUUUAUACCCUGCCCUCCCUGGCCAGAGCUGGGCUCAGGAUGGCUAACACCUGUAAAAUUACAGUAAAAACAUAAGGGGGGGGGACCAAUUUAAAAUACAGGUUAAAAUCCAAUUUAAAAUGCAGCCUCAUUUUAAAAGUAGCCCAUAGAUCAAAACCAUAAGGGGAGGGAAACAUAAGGGUCAGACUCAGUCCAAACCAAAGGCCAGGCAGAACAGCUCUGUCUUGCAGGCCCUGUGGAAAGAUGUCAAGUCCUGCAGGGCCCUAGUCUCUUGUGACAGUGUUCCAAGUCGGGGCCAGUACCGAAAAGGCCCUGGCCCUAGUUGAGUCCAAUCUAACCACCUUGCGACUUGGGACCUCCAAAAUGUUGUCAUUUGUGGACCUUAAGGUCCUCCGUGGGGCAUACCAGGAGAGGCGGUCCAGUAGGUAUGUGGGUCCUAGGCCGCAUAGGGCUUUAAAGCUCAAAACCGGAUGAAACAAUAAAUACAAAUGACUAGAAUUUUUUUAAAAAGUCAUAGCAAGAAGACUAGCUACCAGGUUUGACAAUCCCUUUUGAAUCCCAUAAGUGUGGUGAUGAUAACACCAAGGUUGCAGGUUCGAUCCCUGUAUGGGGCGGCUGCAUAUUCCUGCAUUCAAGGGGGUUGGACUAGAUGAUUCUCAGGAUCCCUUCCAACUCUACAAUUUUAUGGUUCUAUUAUAGUUCCUUGGGAACAAAAUAUUUAUGGGGCCACAGUUGCAAAGGCCCUGCUUCCAGCGUUUACUUGUUGCCGUGUCAGCGUUUCCUUGCUGCCUGAGGUUGUUUUACAUGUUAAAACCAGCAUAUUGAAAGAGAACCUUCUUGUAAUCAGGGCAGCUGGUUUCGCCUUGAACGUGACAAUUCCUCUCGUCUGACAAAAGGCACAAGGGUGAUGGGCUCUCCCUCUCUCUCUUUCCUUUGCAGGUGUUCAACUACUUCGGGAAAAUAAAAAUCAGAAUAACGUUGGUGACCAAGAACGAGCCAUACAGACCUCACCCCCAUCGGCUGGUUGGAAAAGACUGCGAAAAUGGUUUCUAUGAAGCUGAAUUUGGGCCGGAGCGCAGAGUUCUGAUGUAAGUAGUAGCUGUUGUUAAGUGUGGCCAAAGACAGAACUAAUGUAUGAAGAUCCUUGCUGGAUCAGAGACCCAUCGGGUCCAACAUCCUCUUCUUGGAGAGGAUAACCAGACACGAUGGUUAAUAUAGAAAGGGGGUUCUUUGUGAGCUCUCCAGACAUGCUUCAAGAGCUCCUUCUCAACUUGAACAAUCAGAAGAACAUGGCAGCAAGAUAAAUGAUGGCUCCAACCUUAUAGUCCUAUCCAGAGCCGUAGCUCAGUAGAAUCAUAGAAUCAUAGAGUUGGAAGAGACCACAAGGGCCAUCGAGUCCAACCCCUGCCAAGCAGGAAACACCAUCAGAGCACUCCUGACAUAUGGUUGUCAAGCCUCUGCUUAAAGGCCUCCAAAGAAGGAGACUCCACCACACUCCUUGGCAGCAAAUUCCACUGUCGAACAGCUCUUACUGUCAGGAAGUUCUUCCUAAUGUUUAGGUGGAAUCUUCUUUCUUGUAGUUUGGAUCCAUUGCUCCGUGUCCGCUUCUCUGGAGCAGCAGAAAACAACCUUUCUCCCUCCUGUAUGUGACAUCCUUUUAUAUAUUUGUAGUAGAGUGUUUGCCUUGCAAGCAGGAAGGUCCCCGGUUCAAACCCCGGUAUCUCCAGGUAGGAAAGUGGGUGACCUUUGAAGUUUAAAGAUUAACAGGAUUGUUGCAAAAUAAGCUCUUGUGAACAGAAGCCUGCUCCCAUCAGUCUGCUGCUUCCCAGAAAGUUCAUACACAUUCUUCAAAGGGAGAUUCCAGUGCAACGUUCCCAACCUAAAACUUAUCAGCAUCUUUGAUUUGAUACCUUUAGAGCAUGGGUAGGCAAACUAAGGCCUGGGGGACGGAUCCGGCCCAAUCGCCUUCUAAAUCUGGCCCGUGGACGAUCCGGAAAUCAGCGUGUUUUUCAUGAGUAGAAUGUGUGCUUUUAUUUAAAAUGCAUCAAUGGGUUAUUUGUGGGGCAUAGGAAUUCAUUCAUAUAUAGUCCGGCCCCCCACAAGGUCUGAGGGACAGUGGACCAGCCCCCUGCUAAAAAAGUUUGCUGACCCCUGCUUUAGAGCUUAAUCGAGACUGGGGACUUCUUACUCACUGCAGGGGCUAAAGUUACCCAGCAGAGUCUUGUCAGUGCUACUUACUGCUGUUGUAAAUGGCCACGGUAUGUAUCUUGUAUACAUAAGAAGAGCUCUGCAGGAUUAGACCAAUGACCCAUCUAGUCCACCAUCCUGUUCUCUUUGUCAGGAGUUCAGCCUACACUCGAGUAGGACCCUGGUAGAGACACAUGCCCAACUGGCAUGUUCUCUCCCUCCUGGUUGAUCGUUCAGGAGCUUCAAAAGCUUUCUUCAGCCCGAACAUCACAGUGACCGAUGCCAACAGACACCAGCACACUUAGGGAUCUGCAGAGUUUGCGCAGUUGCGUAACUCAGCAUUUUGGCUAAUCUACUUUAUUUACAUAUAAACACACAUGGAGCACUGCAACAUGGCUCCCUCUCUCUCUAGCAUCAGACAGCAAAGAGGAAAAAAACAAAGGACAAUAGUCCCACUUCACGGAACACAGUAACACAAACAUCCUGUCUCCAUCACUUCCCACUCUGUGGAGUCAAAACAUAUACCGUCAUGUGAUAGACAACAAUCCCAUGACUGCAGACACGGAGCAGGAAUUCUAACACUCUCAUCGGCUGUGGGGAACCCACAAGCCAGACCCCUGAGCGCAAGAGCAGCUCCUUCCUUGUGAUUUUGGAGGCAUGCUGCCCCCCACAUCAGAGGUACAACAUAGCCAUCAUGACUAGUAGCCAUGGAUAACUCCAUUCUCUAUGAAUUUGGCUAGUCAUCUUUUAUAGCCAUCCAAGUUGGAGGCCAUCCCUGCCUCUUGGGGUAGCAUUUUUCCAUACUAUAGCUAUGCACUGUGUGAAGGAAGCGCUCAGCUUCCUGUUUCAUCGAACAUUUAGCCCUUGGGUUCUAAUGCUUUGAGAGAGGCCCAUCCACUUUCUCUACACUGUGCAUAAUUCCAUAUACCUCAAGGUCUUGUUUGUGGUCAUCACCACCAUUACUGUAUUCUGUGAAAUUAGAUUUCCCUCUCCGCCUCCCUUUAUGCUUGCCGGUGUUGAAUUGCAUUUUUGCCAUUUUACUGCCUAUUCAGCCAGUUUGGAGAGAUCAUAGAAUCGUAGAGUUGGAAGGGUCCCUGAGGAUAAUCUAGUCCAAGCUGCAGUCUUGGUAUUAUCAGCACCACACUCUAACCAACUGAGCUAGCCAGAAGAUGCAUUUGAGCUUUCCACAGCAGUUACAGCAACUUGUACUGGUUGCCUUUCAUAGUUCUAGCUCUCUGGAUCACAUACACACUCAGGGCUUGUGUCUGAACACCCUUUCUUUUUUCCUCCGGAGCUCUCCCCACAAAGACCUGCUCUUUAAAGCUCAAUCGGAGCAAACUUCAAUCAGUGGAAAUCCCGAACUGACAUUUGCUCUGAUUCAGCUUUAAAGAGCCAGGGGAAAGCUCAAAGCAAAACAACAACAAUACUCAGACACAGAGCGUUAAAGCGCAAGUUCUCUCACAUACGGUACCUGUGCAUGGAUAUAUCAGCAAAGUAGAAAUGCUUCACCAUCUGAUGAAAUGGGCUCCCAUCUAGGUGGGAAAAAGGUAAAGGACCCCUGGACGGCUAGGUCCAGUCAAAGGUGACUAUGGGGUUGUGGCUCUCAUCUCGCUUUCAGGCUGAGGGAGCCGGCGUUUGUCUGCAGACAGCUUUCCAGAUCAUGUGGCCAGCAUAAGUAAACUGCUUCUGGUGCAACGGGACAUCGUGAAGGAAGCCAGAGUGCACAGAAAUGCUGUUUACCUUCCCGCCACAGCGGUACCUAUUUAUCUACUUGCACUGGCAUGCUUUCAUGCUGGGACAGAGCAACAGGAGCUCAUUCCAUCAUGGGGAUUCGAACCGCCGCCCUUCUGAUCGGCAAGCCCAAGAGGCUCUGUGGUUUAGACCACAGUGCCACCCGUGUCCCUUGUGCCUCGAUAAGGCAGCAAAUGAUAAACACACUUACUAAAGAGAAAUCCCCAUUGAGCACAGCAUUGCAAGUAAACAGGCAUAGGCUCAUUCUGCAUAUCAGUUAGGAUUUAAAGUGCUACAAAAGCCCCUCUGUUGUUUUCAUUCUCCUGCUAGAGCAGUCAUUCCGAAAAGCAUAAGCCACGCUACAUUCAAGUUUUUGUUUAGUGUUCAUCUCACCAGGCAUAUAAUGGGGUCAGGAAGACCCAGGGAUAGGGAGAUACUGGCUGGUUAGCAUGAGAUGCCUCUUUUGCAAUUUGCUCUGAUUUCUGAUAUUGCACAGUAUUAUCUGGCUUUCAACUUCCUAUUUUGCAUCCUCCCAGGGGUGGGGUGAUGUCAUGGGUUUUCCAUGUGGGAAAGAAUCAGGUUUCUGGAGGUAGGUGGGGAGAGUCCCUUAAUGCUGUCCUGUGACCUGAUACCAUCACAUGCAAAUUAGGAAGCUGCAUUCAAAUGAGAUCAGAAAACUGGCUCUGUUUCUCUCUGUCUCUCUGCGUGUGUAUCUAUUUAUUUGCCACCUAUCUGUGUAUAGGCAAUAUAUUACCGUUUUUUCCUUGAUCACAUGGUUUGACAUUACCCUGUUUUUUGUGGAAACUCUAAUGCCAACCUGACCAAUUUGCACUAUUUCCCUUUUUAAACACAAAACCACAAUACCUACUGCUAAAUGGACGCUCACGUCCUCUGCUGACAGCUUAAAGGGGGGGAUCUUUCUCUGCGUGGGAGUGUUGGCCCCCUUUCAGAGCUAUUCCAUUUAACCUGCUCACGUUCAUAAAAGAGAAGUCUGAAGGCAUCGAGUAAACUUCAGAGUAAAUUCCAUUCCAUGUGCAUUUACGGCGCAAGCCGUAAUCUACUAUCCGACUGAAUUAAAUGGGAUUUACUCCCGUGUAAGUAGGCUUAGAAUUCCAGCCUCACAGUGUGAUCCCAAUCAUGUCUACUUGCAAACAAGUCCUUCUGACCUCAGUGGAGCUUACUCCCAGGUAAGCGGGGUUAUGACUGCAGUAAUCCAAACCUGCUUUCCAGGUAGUAAGACCCACUGAAUUCAAUAGGACUUACUUCUCAGUAGACAUUACUUCUCAGGGGGUUGGACUAGGUCAGGCAUAGGCAAACUCUGGCCCUCCAGAUGCUUGGGACUACAAUUCCCACCACCCCUGACCACUGGUCCUGUUAGCUAGUGAUGAUGGGAAUUGUAGUCCUUCCAACUCUACAAUUCUAGGAUUCCAAAUUUACACUGUAAGGCUACAAUCCUAUACCUGCUUCCUUGAGAGCAGCACCCCUGAACUCAAUUACUUCUGAGUUAGACGACUUGUACCGUAAAUGUACACAUUGGUACAUUUCAAGGGAAUGUGCUAUUUUGAAGGUCCUGGUUAUGGCAUAGAUUUCCUGGAUAAAGCUGUAUUUAAAAAUAGCCACACUACCUCUAGGCCAGGCAUAGGCAAACUCGGCCCUCCAGAUGUUUUUGGGACUACGACUCCCAUCAUCCCUAGCUAACAGGACAAAUGGUCAGGGAUGAUGGGAACUGUAGUCCCAAAACAUCUGGAGGGCCAAAAUUGCCUAUGCCUGCUCUAUGCCAAUCUGUCUCAAAUGAACUUGAAAGCCUCAUUAUCACUGCAUUCACUAGUCGGAGCUAAGGAGACCCUGGGCAUUCUGGCAGGUAGUAUCAUUGUUCCCGCUCUGGACCUUGUGCAUCUCCUCUGCUACACCACAGAUCCCUGCCACUUGGACUUUCUGCCAAAGAGGUGUUGUUUAGUCGUUUAGUCGUGUCCGACUCUUCGCGACCCCAUGGACCAGAGCACACCAGGCACUCCUGUCUUCCACUGCCUCCCGCAGUUUGGUCAGACUCAUGUUUGUAGCUUCGAGAACACCAUCCAACCAUCUCAUCCUCUGUCGUCCCCUUCUCCUUGUGCCCUCCAUCUUUCCCAACAUCAGGGUCUUUUCCAGGGAGUCUUCUCUUCCCAUGAGGUGGCCAAAGUAUUGGAGCCUCAGCUUCAUGAUCUGUCCUUCCAGUGAGUGCUCAGGGCUAAUUUCCUUAAGAAUGGAUGCGUUUGAUCUUCUUGCAGUCCAUGGGACUCUCAAGAGUCUCCUCCAGCACCAUAAUUCAAAAGCAUCAAUUCUUUGGCGAUCAGCCUUCUUUAUGGUCCAGCUCUCACUUCCAUACAUCACUACUGGGCCAAAGAGGUAGUGGAAGAGAAACACACGCUUUCAUCUCCCUGUGAAAGAGGCAAAAACAGAGCGACAGCGGUUUUGCUUUUUGAACUGCAGCACUUCAUAUCAGAGCAGAACAUCCAGUUCUGAAAGGAAGUUGCCGUCCUUCCUGUGACUCACGGAGGAGAUGGGUGCGCACCGCUGGGUCUUGCAAAGCACCUGAAUGUUGACAAAACAUCCUAGUCAUCGAAGCAGCCGUAGCCGUUGGGCCAUUGGUUUAGCAGCUGAGGGAAUGGCAGACCCACAAAUGAUUGUGCCGGGAGGGUAGACCCAGGAGGUCUCUCCACACAGGGGGCAUCCCGGCCUGUUUUACCACCUGAGGUGAAACGGGAAGGUGUCAUCCCUGCUGAAGCUUUGAUUUCUGGGGUUGUGUGCCUGAGGUUAUAGCUACAUCGGCUUCUGGCGAGAUCUCAUGAGAAUUCUACGAGCUCUCGCUGGAAGCAGCUGCAUGAUCCACAUGGGACACCACCGUCCCAUGGGAUUCCCCCGCCUGAGGUAUCUGCUUCAGUCUGUCUCAUGGGCAAGCCGGCCCUGUCUCCAGAGGUGGAGUACAGUUACCCUUGUCCCAAGAAAGGACACCUGCCCCAAUUCUACACUCUACCCUUGCCUCCAAGCGAUGAUAUCUGGUAGGUGCAGGGACUCCCAUUCUCUUAGAUCACACCUGGAUUUGCCAGUGGCAGCAGGAUUUUCUUGGCCUGGGUAAUAAUAAUAAUAAUAAUAAUAAUAAUAAUAAUAAUAUAUUUAUACUCCGCGCAUCUGGCUGGGUUUCCCCAGCCACUCUGGGCGGCUUUCAACAGAAUAUUAAAAUACAAUAGUCUAUUAAACAUUAAAAUCUUCUUAAAGUCUGUGGGAAGUGUUUAACACUGUCAGUUCCUUGCUCCAAAUUCCUGUGUGCCACCAUAUCAAGAAUGCAUAUUCAGGGUUUUUUUUUAUGGUGAAGGAUCACACCUACAUCGUAUAUUUAAAUCACCCUGGCUCGUUCCCCACAAGAAUGUAGUUUGUUAAGGGUGCUGGGAAUUGUAGCUAUGUGAGGGUUAAACUGUAUUGUCUUAUAAUGUCAUGUUGUUUGUCUAUACCAGGGGUCAGCAAACUUUUUCAGCAGGGGGCUGAAUUAUAUUUUUUUGGGGGGGAAUAAAUGAAUUCCUAUGCCCCACAAAUAACCCAGAGAUGCAUUUUAAAUAAAAGGACACAUUCUACUCAUGUAAAAGCAUGCUGAUUCCCAGCCCGUCCACAGGCCAGAUUUAGAAGGUGAUUGGGCCGGAUCCGGCCCCCAGGCCUUAGUUUGCCUACCCAUGGUCUAUACCAGUGUUUCCCAAACUUGGGUCUCUGUCUGUUUUUGGACCACAACUCCCAUAAUCCCUAGCUAGCAGGACCAGUGUCAGGGAUUAUGGGAACUGUAGUCGAAAAACAGCUGGCUUGGUAAAUACUGGUAUGGACUCGCUGAUUUUUGCCAUAAAAAGAAAAAAGGCUGAUCAGAUGUUCAACCCAGUCCACCUAGGCCUGCCAUUUUGUAAGAAAUCCCAAUGCCGAUUGAGGCACAGUCACCGCAGGGUUGUCUGAAUGGCUGGGGGCUGUGCCUAACUCUUCCGUAUCAGGUCAAACCUCAUUGUAGGGAUGGUGGGAGGAACUGGUUUCAGUUUGCAUUUAAAGGCUUUCCGAGGCAACACACUAACCAAAGCACAGCUAUCCUUUGAAAUUUGCACUUCUCAAAAUUUUCCAAGUGGCUUAUCAGUUAAUUUGGAGUAACACUGAUUAUUAUUAUUAUUAUUAUUAUUAUUAUUAUUAUUAUUAAUUUUUGUACCGCCCUACAUCUGUAAACUCAGGGUGGUUCACACCAUAAAAUCACAGUGUGUGUGUGUGUGUGUGUGUGUGUAACAAAAUACAGAACUGAAAGCAAGAUAAACAAAGCCUAGUUCACACAAAGCUCAGUGCCUGUUUGACAAAUCGAAGGAAUCUUAGAGUUUAGUCAACAAAGUAAAGUAGUCAUUCUUAAAAGUAAAGGUCAUUCUUCAGUAUUUCAUCAUUUGCUAUGAUAACACACUAAUGCAGAAAAACAGCCCAAGAAAUAAUAGGCUCUAAACACUCUCGCCCCCUUGGAUUUGCCCUCUAAUCCAACUGAAGCUCUAAUAAUUUCUGGCAGUUCCCCCGCUGCGAGAAGCAAAGCUACAGGGAACCAGGCAGAGGGCCUUCUCGGUAGUGGCGCCCGCCCUGUGGAACACCCUCCCACCAGAUGUCAAAGAGAAAAACAACUACCAGACUUUUAGAAGACAUCUGAAGGCAGCCCUGUUUAGGGAAGCUUUUAAUGUUUAAUAGGUUACUGCAUUUUAAUAUUUUGUUGGAAGCCGCCCUCCCGGGGUCCGCGCAGCUCUGCAUUCCGAAGCCUCGGGCGCGCUGAAGAGCACACCCGGGCUUCGCACAGCUGUCCGCAAGCCUGGGGAGACCGGCGCGGCUCCCUAGGCUUGCGGAUAGCAGCCUGUUCUGGGGUCGGGGGAAGCUCGGGCUUCCCCUGCGCCAGCCCCGUGCCAUGGGGGGGAAAUAAUUUUUUUUCUUUAUUCCCCCCCCCCCAAAAAAACUGGGUGCGUCCUAUAGGGCGGUGCAUCCUAUGGGGCGAAAAAUACGGUAAUCACCCACUUUGGGAAACACUGUUCUAAUGAAAUUAUAUCACUCCCCAUAUAUGUACACAUUGCAUUGGAAGCACAUUUCCCCGCAUCCCACCAGGACCAUGGGAAUUGUGAUUCAUCCAACACAGAGCUACAACUCCCCGCACUCUUAAUGAACUACAGGUCCCAGGAUUCUUGGGGUGGGGGGAGCUUUGUAGACUAUAGUAUUUUAAUAUUCUGUUGGAAGCCACUUAGAGUGGCUGGGAAAACCCAGCCGGAUGGGCGGGGUAUAAAUAAUAAAUUUAUUUUUAUUUUUAUUAUUAUUAUUAUUAUUAUUAUUAUUAGUGUUGUGAGAGAGGGAGAAACAGCUUAUCUCUCCCCACUUUCUCUAUGCCUCACACAAUUCUAUAAACUUCUAUUGUGACAUCUCUUAUUCACCUUUCCUCCAAAACUGAAAAGUCCCAAGUGUUGCUCCAUCCCCUUCAUCGUGUUGCUUUCCUUUUUCUAACUCUACAGUUUCCUUUGGAGGUGACACAGUAUUCCACCGUCGAUUUGCAUAGCGACUUUACGAUAUCAACAGUUUUGAUUUCAAUUCCUUUCCUAAUGAUCCAUGGAAUUUGUCUUUCUCACAGCUGCCGCACACUGAGUGCUCGUCCACACAUCUCCUUGACUCACCACUUCUCCCUGGGGAAACCCGCUAUUUACCCCUGAAUCGGAGGAAAUGCUGAUCGGGUUUUCCGUGGCUUGACGUUUGCUCCAGUUCAGCAGUAAAAAGCAGGUUUUCCUGGGGGAAGAAGUGGCGCACACAGAAAACCACUAGGGAUCGUGCCUAGAAAGCACAAGAUGAGCAGAAAACCUAACCAGACCCAUGGUUUCUGGGCAAGGGACAAGCGAUAGCUCAAUGAGCCCAAUGUCUUGUUCCUGAUCAAGCUCAGACCCCAUGGGAAUAUAUGUGAAAUUAAAAAUUGUUUGUUGUUGUUUAGUCGUGUCCAACUCUUCGUGACCCCAUGGACCAGAGCAUGCCAGGCACUCCUGUCUUCCACUGCCUCCCGCAGUUUGGUCAAACUCAUGCUGGUAGCUUAGAGAACACUGUCCAACCAUUUCGUCCUCUGUUGUCCCCUUCUCCUUGUGCCCUCCAUCUUUUCCAACAUCAGGGUCUUUUCCUUGGAAUCUUCUCUUCUCAUGAGGUGGCCAAAGUAUUGGAGUCUCAGCUUCAGGAUCUGUCCUUCCAGCGAGCACUCAGGGCUGAUUUCCUUCAGAAUGGAUAGGUUUGAUCUUCUUGCAGUCCAUGGAACUCUCAAGAGUCUCCAACACCAUAAUUCAAAAGCAUCAAUUCUUUGGCGAUCAGCCUUCUUUAUGGUCCAGCUCUCACUUCCAUACAUCACUACUGGGAAAACCCUAGCUUUAACUAUACGGACCUUAAAAUUGUUUGCCCCAGCAUAAAAUCAUUGGGUCACAUUUGCCAUUUUCCUGCCCAUUCAACUCAGUUUGGAGAGGUCCUUUUGGAGCUCUUCGCAAUCCUUUUGUGUUUUAACAACCUUGAACUAUUCAAUGCCAUCAGCCAACUUGGCCACCUCACUGCUCACACCUAGCUCUAGUUUGUUCAUGAACAAAUUAAAAGGCACAGAUUUCAGUAUCGGUCUUUGGGGGAUUUUCAACAUUUCCAUUCAAUGAGCAGUCCAUUUAUUCCCACUCUCCGCUUCCUGAUACUUAACCAAUUUCAGAUCCGCAAGAGGACCUCUCCUCUUGUUCCAUGACUGCUAAGCUUAUUCAGGAGCUUUUGGUGAAGUACCUUGUGGAAAGUUUUUGGGAGGUCCAAGUACACUUUGUCAACUGCAUCCUCUCUAGCUAUAAGCUUGUUGACACUCUCAAAGAACUCUUGAAAAGGCAGGACUUAGCCUUGCAGAAGCCAUGCUGAUUCUCCUUCAGUAGGGCUUGUUCUUCUAGGUGCUUGGCUAUUUUAUCUUUAACAAUACUUUCCACCAGUUUUCCUGGGACAGAAGUUAAACUAACCAGCCUGUAAUUUCCAGGAUAUCCCUGAAUCCUUUUUUAAAAAAUAAAUAAAAAAUUGGCAUUGCCUUGGCUGUUUUCCAGUCCUCAAGUAUGGAGGCUGAAAUGAGGGACAAGCUACACAUUUUUGUUGCCAGUUUGGUAAUUUCACAUUUGAGUUCUUUAAGAACUCUCAGGUGGGUGUAAUUUGAACUCGCCAAUUUGCCAGUUUUAAUUUUGUCUGUUAGGCCUAGAACUUCAUCCCUUGCUACCACUAUCUGUCUCAGUUUCUUAAUCCCCUCCCCUCUUUCUUUUUUCCUUUGUCCUUCUGUGAUGGAACUUCUACUUGGGGACUUCCCUGGCUUUUUUCUGACCCACGUAGGACCAGUCUGGAUAGUUAGCCUUGGUGAAGACUUGACGUUUUCAUCCCCAAUUUUUUUUUUUUUUUGAGUUUCUCCUGAAAUGAGGCUGCAUUUUAAUGUUGCAUUUUAAUCUUGUUUUUUAAGUUGUAUUUUAAUCAAUUGUUUUAUAUCUGGUGUUAGCCGCCCUGAGCCCGGUCUUGGCUGGGGAGGGCGGGGUAUAAAUAAAAUUUAUUAUUAUUAUUAUUAUUAUUUCUCAGACUCCCUUCCUGAAAAACUUAGUUCAUUCACUGGGAUUUGUCUUCUGUUGUGAAGACAGAUGUAAAAAAUUCAUUUAGCUUCUUUAUAGUGUUCUUAUCCUUCUUUAUCAAAUCUUUGACUCCCUUGCCAUCUAAGGGCCCAGUUGCCUCCUUAGAACAGGGGUUGGCACAGUUUUUGUAGCUUGGGCCGGUUCACGGUCCUGCAGACGCCGCGGUGGGCCGGAGUAUGUGUGCGUGCAUGGAUGCAUGUGUUAGUUUCUGUUUGUCACUGAGCAGCUGCUUAGAGUCACUGGACUCUGUUUACAUUCCAGACACAUUCCAUACUGUUGGAAGUCUCACGGGAGACGAGAGACGGAUGUGACGUUACUGGUUUCCUGUUCCUUUGUUUCAGUUGCUCUCUGCUUUCAUAGAGAGAGGAUGUAUUUUUCUUUGCUGUCUGCGUAGCGAGAAAUAAAACUCUUUAGCCAUGUAGCCAUAAAUCUCAUCACUUCCCUGUGCUGGAAACUCUGCUGGAUGGGAAUGUGCCUGAGGCCUUAUCAGAGGCUCAGGUCAUUAAUUAUUGUCAGAGGCGAUUCUGAAGGCUCGGCCAGAGGAAAAUGAGAUCCUGACAGCAUGCGCAAACACUAUUUCUGGCGCUAAGAGCAAUGGACUCGUAAUCUGGGGAACCGGGUUCGUGUCUCCGCUCCUCCACAUGCAGCUGCUGGGUGACCUUGGGUUAGUCACACUUCUCUGAAGUCUCUCAGCCUCACUCACCUCACAGAGUGUUUGUUGUGGGGGAGAAAGGGAAAGGAGAAUGUUAGCUGCUUUGAGACUCCUUCGGGUAGUGAUAAAGCGGGAUAUCAAAUCCAAACUCCUCUUCUUCUUCUUCCAACAUGGAGGAGGCAUGCGCAGCUUCCCAUUGGCUGCAGAAGCUUCCUGCAACCAAUGGGAAUCCGGCCAGCAUAGCUGAAGGCGGUCCCCGCUCUGCUCUGCACUGGUUUAGCGCGGCGCACAGGAACCAACUGAGCAGGUGGCAGGGGUCCCUGAGUGGGCAGUGGGGGUUCAUGGGCCAGUUAAAUGACCCCCAUGGGCCGCUUGUGGCCCAUGGGCCUUAGGUUGCCAGCCCUUGUCUUAGAAGAUCUCCUGCUACAAAUGUCCUUAAGGAACUUGUUUUUAGCAAUGCACUCCUCAGAUUCUCUUUUAGCAUACCUUACAGGUUGCUUUCCCCCCUUUUUUGCUUUUUGCCAAAGUUUAUGUUCCUUUUUGUUCUCUUCAUUGAGUUGCAGUGGAAUUUGUCAGAAUCAGAAUUUCCACAAUAAGUCAUUUCAAGCCAAUAUUGUGUUGCUGUUGCUUCUUCUUCGUUUUUUUUUUUUAAUCUGCUAAUGGUUGGCUGUGCGUGCUCCAGUUUUCAGAAUUUGGGCAUACAGUGCGUGAAGAAGAGAGAGCUCAAGGAAUCUAUCGUCUCCCGGAUCACAAAGCAAAUCAACCCCUUCAGUGGUAAGUAACCGUGGCAAUUUACUUUGUCAACAUUUUAUUCAAUGGAUUCAUUUAUGGGAUGCUCGUUUUCUCGGAAUGUGCCAAGCCAUGUCAAGAGGCAGGCUGGAGUAGCUAUAUGUCUGUGGAACUCCCAUCCCAUGAGAUGCUUAGCUCAAGUAAUUCAUGCAUUUGCUGCUGAAGAUGUUGCUUGAAAUAAUGCAACAAAUAGUAUGCCAGGGCUAGGGAAUAUCAGGCCUGUUUUGCACACACACACACACCCUGCAGCCACACCCUCUUUCCUGAGUCCAUAUCGCCCACUGGCCUUGCUUCAGCGGAGAGCCAGCUUGGUGUAGUGGUUAAGAGCGAUAGAUUCGUAAUCUGGUGAACCGAGUUUGCGUCUCUGCUCCUCCACAUGCAACUGCUGGGUGACCCUGGGCUAGUCACACUUCUCUGAAGUCUCUCAGCCUCACUUACCUCACAGAGUGUUUGUUGUGGGGGAUAAAGCGGGAUAUAAAAUCCAAACUCUUCUUCUUCACACCCUUGUUUAGUGGUUUUUGCCAAGCUGGAAUUUGUCCUUGGCUCUGAUAGAAUGCAUCUUGUUUGCCAGCGGAGGCUAUUCCCAACAGGGUGUACGGGGCACAGUUUCGCCUUCACAGAGCUUGGCAGGGAGGGGGAUGGGGGACAAAACUAUAAAUAGUGGACUCCACCUGUAAUUCGCUGUGGACUCCACCUGUAAUUCGCUCUGGCUCCACCUUCUGUUGCCCUCCCAGCCCUUCCACCUUCCCAGACCCAAUAGGCACCAGCCACACCUGUCAUCUGAAUGAGCUUUGACCAGUAGCUCGAUGAAGGCUAGGGAGGGGUGUUUGAGUGUGUCAAAACUAGCCUGCUUUACAAAGGUAACAUUUGCAUUAAUUGCUCCUCCCACCUUUGCCUCUGGCCCCACCCACCAUGGGCUUGCGAACCUCAGAAAGUUGCCCAGAAGGAAACCAGAUCCUCAUGCUGAAAAACACUCCCUACCCCUGGUCUCAUGGGAAUGAAGUAUUAGGGAGGACAACCUGAACUUGGAGGUCAGAGUCAGGGUUACUCCAACACUUCAUAGUAUAGGCAUUCUCUGAAGUUAUUUUAAGGGAACAUCUAAAAAUGUAAACUUUACUGUGUACCUGGAAUUUCCCCCCACCUUUUUUUAGGGAGUGCUUUUCUGAACAUCAUUAGUUUUCCUUGCUGUGAAACGGGCAUUUUGUGCUUCCCACAACACUCUCUCCAUUUUCUAAAAGUGUCCCUGGGCUGAGAAAGAUUGGGGACCCCUAGGUUACACAAGCACAAUCAGAAAAAGAGAGCUCUGAACAGGCAAAUUGAAGUCAAAGAACUUGGAGUGACAGGGUUCUGUCUCGCUUAUGUGACACACUAUUGCCUAAUUGUGAAUUGUACAACAUGCCGUUGAAGAAAAUAGAUGGUUGCAGCGAGACACAGUGAAGCAUAGGAAGUUGCCUUGUACCAGGUCAAACUAUGUGUCCAUCUAGUUCAGUAUCUUCUUACUCUGAAGGGAUGCGGGUGGCACUGUGGUCUAAACCACUGAACCUCUGGGGGUAGCCAAUCAGAAGGUCAGCAGUUCGAAUCCCUGCAACGGGGUGAGCUCCUGUUGCUCUGUCCCAGCUCCUGCCAACCUAGCAGUUCGAAAGCACGCCAGUGCAAGUAGAUAAAUAGGUACCACUGCGGCGGGCAGGUAAACGGCUCUUCCAUGUGCUUUGGCACUUGUCAUGGUCCUCCGUGCACCAGUAGCAGUUUAGUCAUGCUGGCCACAUGACCCGGAAAACUGUUUGUGGACAAACGCUGGCUCCCUCGGCCUGAAAGCGAGAUGAGCGCUGCAACCCCAUACUCGCCUUUGACUGGACUUAACCGUCCAGGGGUCCUUUCCCCAUUUUUUACCUUACUCUGAGUAGCAGUGGCUCUCAGACAGAGACCUGUAUCAUCACCUGCUACCUGAGCCUUUUUAGCAGGAGAUGCUGGCAAUUGAGCCUCGGACCUUCUGCACAGUAAGUAGGUCCUCGACACAGUCGUUACCUAAAGGGGAUCAUGAAGUACAUCACAGAAUUGCUUCUCUUACCACAUGAUGCUGAACUGAAAGGUUGAACUCAUCAUACGACGGCCACUUUGCCACCCACAAGGCAGAGAGGCUGGUGGGACAACUUCCCACCCACUUGCUGUGUGUCGAGUUGGCAAGGCUUUAGUCAUGCCACCAGCCCUCUGCCAUUGACUCAUACUUGCAGAGAUAUGUUUCCUUUUGGCAAUGUCCAGUCUCUUAUCUGGUGUGGGUGGGGAAGAAAAAAGGAAAGAGGUCGAAAAGGAAAACCAGAGGCUCUGUAAACUGGGCUGUGCAAAUUCUCCUUUAUUCCCAAUGUGUUGUUAUUCCUUUGGAUUUGGAUGGUGCUUUUAAGCGUUCAAGUGCUUUGCAUGCUUUGUCUUUUUAUGUUCCUAACAUCCAGCGCAGGCCGGGGAAAGGUGAGGCUUGGCUAAAAGGGGCUUUGAAGGCACCACCAAUCACCAGUGCCUUCAAAGCGCCGUCUGCGGCCCUUUCCAAAUCAUUGACGAUCACCUGCUUAUCGGGCUGCCCACCUGUCUAAGUUCACCUGCUGGGGUCUUGGAGGUCAAAUAUCUGGUCUGCUGGGCUGAAAAGGUUCCCUAGCCGUGCCUUCCAGUAUUCAUUUUAGAUAAGGUCAAGGGACCCGUGACCAUUAGGUCCAGUCGUGGCCGACUCUGGGGUUGCGGCGCUCAUCUCGCUUUACUGGCCGAGGGAGCCGGCGUACAGCUUCCGGGUCAUGUGCCCAACAUGACUAAGCCGCUUAUGGUGAACCAGAGCAGCGCAUGGAAACACUGUUUACCUUCCCACUGUUUACCUAUUUAUCUACUUGCACUUUGAUGUGCUUUCGAACUGCUAGGUUGGCAGGAGCAGGGACCGAGAAACGGGAGCUCACCCCGUCGCGGGGAUUCGAACCGCCGACCUUCUGAUAGGCAAGUCCUAGGCUCUGUGGUUAAACCCACAGUGCCACCCGCGUCCCAAUUCACUUUAGAUAGGUCAGUAUUAUUAAUAUUGCAAUAAGGAGGAGAACUUCAGUUCAGUGCUCCAGGCUGCCAUCCAGCCACUCCCUCUUCAAAGCCACUCCAUUCCUUCACUUCUCCCUCAACAGUUCCCCAUUCCCCUAUAUCCUGCACCCUGUGACCAAUGAACAUACUGUAUUUUUCGCCCUAUAGGACGCACCGGCCCAUAGGACGCACCUAGAUUUGGGGGGGGGGGGGAAUAAAGGGGAAAAAAUUUAUUUCCCCCCCCCCAAGGCACGGGGCUGGGGCGGGGGUAGCCCGAGCUUCCCCCGACCCCAGCCCCCAGAACAGGCAGCUCUCCGCAAGCCGCGGGAGCCCAGCACGAAGUCACGCUGGGCUCCCACAGCUUGCAGAGAGCUGCGCGAAGCCCGCUCUGGGAGCAUGCGGGGCCUUGAAACAAUGUCAGGGGACAGCGGGAAGGCGUGCUGUGACUCCCCGCUGUCCCCCGAGCUUGCGGGGAUGGCGAUGGGGAGAAGCACACUUCUUCCCGCUGCCAGCCUUGAAACCACGUCGGGAGACAGCGGGAUGGCGCGCUGCGCCUCCCCGCUGUCCCCCAAGCUUGCGGGGCUGGCGGUGGGGCUCUCCAGGCUUCAGCGAAAGCCUGCAUUCGCCCCAUAGGACGCACACACAUUUCCCCUUCAUUUUUGGAGGGGAAAAGGUGCGUCCUAUAGGGCGAAAAAUAUGGUACUUACUGGACUGUUUUGGUUUGUUUUUUGUAGUACUGAGCAUAAUUCUCCCCCUCCAUGCUCCCAUCUGCAGGACCACCAGUGUCCCUUGAACAGUGUGUGAGUGGAGGAGGAGAAUAUUGGGGGGUGCUGAGGAGGAGGGAGCAAAAUAUACUAUUGUGGGAGACUUACUUAUUUUUCAGCAAGUGGGGUUCAAGGCUAGCUGUUUGUCUGGUUUGUUGUUUAAGUGCCUAACGAAGGCUUCCUCAACCUCGGCCCUCCAGAUGUUUUGAGACUACAGUUCCCAUCAUCCCUGACCACUGGUCCUGCUAGCUAGGGAUCAUGGGAGUUGUAGGCCAAAAAAAUGUCUUGAGGGCUGAGGUUGAGGAAGCCUGGCCUAACGCUUGACAUUGGGAUGAUUACAUAUUGUUCGGCAAUUUAGACUACACCUCAUUCUGUAUUUUCUUGCACCUUCUAUGCCAGAGAUCAUUAAAAUAUAAUUUCUGCACAUGUGUGGUUUUCCACAUUCUCCCCCCCCCCCCCGGAUUGGUGGUGCAGCCCUCCUUUUCCUUACCUUAUGACUGAACCAAGUCAUGGUUUGGAUCAAAAUUGUGUUUGGGGCAAUCCAUGGUUUAGCCUGCUGUCUCAGUUGAGCAGCUGAUUCAAUCCAUUUGCUGUGGGGAUACAAAAGUGUGUAUUUCAUUAUCUUUUACACGUCGUUGACUCCCUUUGCAUUUUAAAAUUUAAGAAAUCUUAUAAAUCAAUGAAACGUUACAGUUCAUUUAGCAAUCUGCGUUUUUGUUUUUGGUUUUUAAAAAAACCAAAACCAAACUCUGGUUAGUUAGUUGCAAUAAAUAGAUGAGUAAAUGGUUUCUUUCUUUCUUUCUUUCUUUCUUUGAGAAUGCUGAAGGAAGUCCAUAGUUUCCCUUAAAUGUGACAUAACCCGCCUACUCAGACUCAGAACACAUUGGGAUUUUAAGGAGUUUCUGUCUCAAUUUUUGUUACAUUUCAGAUUUUACUUUUCCUACGGUUGAGUAUGUAGUUUACAAAAAUUCAUUAACAAUAAUGUAUGGCAUUUCAACAACUUCCAGUAUACAAAAUCUUAAUUAAUAUAUUCAAUGCCAUUGUCGGAGUUCCGUUGGGAUUGCACCAGAACAAGUACACAAUAUAGAGAGUUGCUCUCAGGGACGUAUUUAAGGAAUAUGUUGACUGCUUGGCUCUGAGCUAUUGAGCUGCGCAUGUCAUUAUUAUUUUGGCACUGUAUAUAUUAUUUAAUGUUUCAUGUAUUACAAAUGGUUGAAAUGCUGUACAGUCAAACCUCGGUUCCUGAACCCCUCCAUUUUGGAACAUUUCGGCUCCCGAACGACGAAAACCUGGAAGUAAACCUGCUCCGGUUUUGGGACAAUUUCCGGAAGCCGAACGUGCUACGCAGCUUCUGUUUUGAGUUUCCCUAUUGUAUUGAGGCUUUUGCUUUCCGUUUUUAGUUGUCGAACGUUUUGGAAGAUGAAUAGCCUUCCAGAACGGAUUAGGUUUGACAAGCGAAGUUUGACUGUGCAUUGUUGUCAAUGAGUUUUUGUAAACUACAUACAGUGGUACCUCAGGUUACAGACGCUUCAGGUUACAGACUCCGCUAACCCAGAAAUAGUACCUCGGGUUAAGAACUUUGCUUCAGGAUGAGAACAGAAAUCGUGCUCCGGCGGCCGGGCGGCAGCGGGAGGCCCCAUUAGCUAAAGUGGUGCUUCAGGUUAAGAACAGUUUCAGGUUAAGAACGGACCUCCAGAACGAAUUAAGUUCUUAACCCGAGGUACCACUGUACAGAGUUGCAGCUUUGAAACGCAGAAAGGCCUGAGCAAAGCGUUCGCCGAACAGGUGGGAUUGCUUGAAGUUCGGCAGAGGAGGGAAGAGUUGUGGGUUUCGCUUUGCUUUGCGCAAGUCGCGCCAGGGCGUCACACAGGCCUGCGCCAGCUCUCCGCGAAAGCUCCCCUAUCUAUCACACUCUGCGGCCCUCCUACAGUUCAGUGCAAUCGUUCCACCGAAACCGACACGUCACGGGGAGGCUGCGAUCAUGAGGAAGCAGCUCUCUCCUCUGUGGGAUUGGCCGUGGUUAAUGAGCUCGCUAGCAAAGCACAAGCUUUCAGUGGGAUGCCGGUAGAAACAGAGAUUAAGCCGGUGGGUGUAGGAGGACAGCUGUCAGCACAGAUAUUGGAAGGAGCCUCCCGGUCCGAUUCCACUUUGAAUGCCACUUGUGGCUGAGGGUGGAAAUUGAAUAACAGAUUAGGGCUACCUGCUUUCAUGCUUUGGUUGUGGGCUGGAAACAUCUCACUGGAAGACAGAGAAGCAAUCACUCUCCCUGUAUACAUACUAUACAUUUAAAGCUCCCCCCAAGAAGAAUCCUGGGAACUGUAGUUCAUUAAGGGUGCUGGGAAUUGUAGCUCGGUGUUGGAUGAGUUCCCAGGGUCCUGGUGGGAUGUGGGGAAAUGUUCUUCCAAUGCAGUGUGUACAUAUAUGGGGAGUGAUAUAAUUUCAUUGGAACAGUGUUUCCCAAAGUGGGCGAUAUAAUAAUAAUAAUAAUAAUAAUAAUAAUAAUAAUAAUAAUAAUAAUAAUAUUUAUACCCUGCCCAUCUGGUUGGGUUUCCCCAGCCACUCUGGGGGGCUUCCAACAAAAUAUUAAAAUGCAAUAACCUAUUAAACAUUAAAAGCUUCCCUAAACAGGGAUGCCUUCAGAUGUCUUCUAAAAGUCUGGUAGUUGUUUUUCUCUUUGACAUCUGGUGGGAGGGCGUUCCACAGGGAGGGCGCCACUACUGAGAAGGCCUCUGCCUGGUUCCCUGUAACUUGGCUUCUCACAGUGAGGGAGGCCCUUGGCGCUGGACCUCAGUGUCUGGACAGAACGGUGGUGGUGGAGAUGCUCCUUCAGGCAUACUGGACUGAGGCCGUUUAGGGGUUUAAAGGUCAGCACCAACACUUUGACUUGUGCUCGGAAACGUACUGGGAGCCAGUGUAGGUCUUUCAAGACUGGUGUUAUGUGGUCUCGGCGGCCGCUCCCAGUCACCAGUCUAGCUGCCGCAUUCUGGAUUAGUUGUAGUUUCCGGGUCACCUUCAAAGGUAGCCCCACAUAGAGCGCAUUGCGGUAGUCCAAGCGAAAGAUAACUAGAGCAUGCACCACUGGCAAUACAGUCCACGGGCAGGUAGGGUCUCAGCCUGCGUACCAGAUGGAGCUGCCCUGGACACAGAAUUGACCUGCGCCUCCAUGGACAGCUGUGAGUCCAGAAUGACUCCCAGGCUGCGCACCUGGUCCUUCAGGGGCACAGUUACCCCAUUCAGGACCAGGGAGCCCGCCCCCUGUCCCCCCACUUGACAUUUUUCCGCAGGGCCUGCAAGACAGAGCUGUUCCGCCUGGCCUUUGGUUUGGACUCAGUCUGACCCUUAUGUCUUCCCUCCCCUUACGGUUUUGAUCUAUGGGCUACUUUUAAAAUGAGGCAGCAUUUUAACCUGUAUUUUAAAUUGGGGUCCCUCCCCUAUUAUGUUUCUAUUGUAAUUUUACUGGUGUUAGCCACCCUGAGCCCAGCUCUGGCCAGGGAAGACGGGGUAUAAAUAAAAAUUAUUAUUAUUAUUAUUAUUAUUAUUAUUAUUAUGCGGGUAGCGCUGUGGGUUAAACCAGAGAGCCUAGGACUUGCUGAUCAGAAGGUCAGCGGUUCAAAUCCCCACAACGGGGUGAGCUCCCGUUGCUCGGUCCCUGCUCCUGCCAACCUAGCAGUUCGAAAGCACAUCAAAGUGCAAGUAGAUAAAUAGGUAUUUACCUCUGGCGGGAAGGUAAACGGCGUUUCCGUGCGCUGCUCUGGUUUGCCAGAAGCAGCUUAGUCAUGCUGGCCACAUGACCCGGAAGCUGUACGCUGGCUCCCUCGGCCAAUAAAGCGAGAUGAGCGCCGCAACCCCAGAGUUGGCCAUGACUGGACCUAAUGGUCAGGGGUCCCUUUAACCUUUACCUUAUUAUUAUUAUUAUUUACAACAGCAUCUUUCUUUACUACGUUGCAGGACGCAAUUAGGAAUAUAGCUACGUAAAAGAACGCAAAUUAGAAUAAUAGAAUCAUAGAAUCAUAGAAUCAUAGAGUUGGAAGAGACGACAAGGGCCAUCGAGUCCAACCCCCUGCCAAGCAGGAAACACCAUCAGAGCACUCCUGACAUAUGGUUGUCAAGCCUCUGCUUAAAGACCUCCAAAGAAGGAGACUCCACCACACUCCUUGGCAGCAAAUUCCACUGUCGAACAGCUCUUACUGUCAGGAAGUUCUUCCUAAUGUUUAGGUGGAAUCUUCUUUCUUGUAGUUUGGAUCCAUUGCUCCGUGUCCGCUUCUCUGGAGCAGCAGAAAACAACCUUUCUCCCUCCUCUAUGUGACAUCCUUUAAUAUUUGAACAUGGCUAUCAUAUCACCCCUUAACCUCCUCUUCUCCAGGCUAAACAUGCCCAGCUCCCUUAGCCGUUCCUCAUAAGGCAUCGUUUCCAGGCCUUUGACCAUUUUGGUUGCCCUCCUCUGGACACGUUCCAGUUUGUCAGUGUCCUUCUUGAACUGUGGUGCCCAGAACUGGACACAGUACUCCAGGUGAGGUCUGACCAGAGCAGAAUAGAGUGGCACUAUUACUUCCCUUGAUCUAGAUGCUAUACUCCUAUUGAUGCAGCCCAGAAUUGCAUUGGCUUUUUUAGCUGCCGCGUCACACUGUUGGCUCAUGUCAAGUUUGUGGUCAACCAAGACUCCUAGAUCCUUUUCACAUGUACUGCUCUCAAGCCAGGUGUCACCCAUCUUGUAUUUGUGCCUCUCAUUGACUUAGUCACUGCAUCUCUUUGUUUGUCCGCUUAAAGAAGGUAGAUUUCCAGGGGGGUGCUGGGUAAUUUAUUUAUUUUUUCUGAAAAGGGAUCGGUUGGCCAAAUAAGUUAGGGAACCUCUGCUUUAGAGGAAGCCGUGAGGACUCUGCUGCAGCCAGAGAGGCUGUGGGGAAGGAGCAGUCAGACGGGGCAUGCUUAACACAGGACAGUUAAUAAGGAGCGUGUUUCUUAGAACUCUUUACGCAGCCUGGCAGCUAUCAAUGUCUGCAAUGCCCACAAAUAAAUGUGGGUGGAUGGGGGGGAGGAGGUGUGGCAGUCUGGGCCCAAACAUGCAAGGGGGAGUUUGCCUGUGGGUGGGUGGGUGAGUGAGUCAUGGGCUUGUGGGGUGAGUGGGCAAAAGCUGAUAUUUUGUGACCAUAAUGUACUAGUAGGUGAAGGUGUCUGGUGUUUGGGGAGGGGGCUUGAGUGGGUGUAGGUGGUGCUGGAAAUGUGUGCAUUGAAUGGUUUGGGGCUAGUGUCUAGGGCUAUGGGGGAUGAGAGUGUUCACAGGGUCAUGAGACUUAGCUAUGAGUAGGAUCUCGACUUGCCAGCUGUCUUGGGACUCAGUGCCUAGUCAUUUUCUGACCCUCGCCAAUGGUCCUUGCCACAUCUUUCUUAUUUCAUGUUUAGCUUCUCGUUUUCUUUAUUUUUAGCAUCUCUGGCCUUUUAUUUUUAGUGCCAGUUUAUUUAUGCCACCUCCCCUUUUCCGAAAAAUCACAAAACUCACCGUGAAGUUUUAAAUGGCCUUUGCAUUUUCAAAUAGGUGUGUGUUUGAGCCAGUGUGGUGUAGUGGUUAAGAGCGGUGGACUCGUAAUCUGGUGAACUGGGUUCGAUUCCCCGCUCCUCCACAUGCAGCUGCUGGGUGACUUUGGGCUAGUCACACUUCUCUGAAGUGUCUCAGCCCCACUCACCUCACAGAGUGUUUGUUGUGGGGGAGGAAGGGAAAGGAGAUUGUGAGCCGCUUUGAGACUCCUUCAGGUAGUGAUAAAGCGGGAUAUCAAAUCCAAACUCUUCUUCUCUUCUUUGUAAUCGAGCCCUGGAGUCAUUCUCUUUCAAAGCGCAUGAUCUCAAUGUAUCCCAAAAAAAAAGUUCACACUUGUUUGCCUCUAUGCCUUGCUUCAUUAUGUAACCUGGUCUGCUCACUCCUGUACCUUUAACAGCUAUAUCAUCUGUUGAAAUCAGCUAGGGAAGAAGUCGUUCACCGUGCACAAACAGCACAAACAGCAGCUACAGAUUUCCUCCUCUCAAGGCUGCUUUGAAAUGCACACAGGAGCUAGAGAAAAUAUUAACAGCCCCAGAGCCAAAAUGCAAUUUUUAUAGGGGGAAAUGACAGAACAAAUAAUAAAACAUUCUCUCAGAUCUCUUGGAUGUCUGAAUUUUACAUUUUUUCCUUCUACCUGUUGCCAGAGUGUUUUCUGAAAAAGACUAAUGGUGUGGUGUGUGUGUGUGUGAGAGAGAGAGAGCGCCUUGGCCACAGCAGACAGAAGUUUUUACUAGAGUAAUGAGAGUGACCUUGUGUUGCAUCUCGCUUGCUCGUGGUUGACCUCCUUAGACGCUGGAGUGGUUGGGCCAUUGACAAACACAGAGUACGUACAGCCAAGAAACAGAAGCUCCCCCUCUUCUGUGAGCAAUAGGCAAUAUAAAUACUUCUCUCCUGCAGAGUAUCUCUUGACAGAUGAGAUGACCCUGUCCCUCCUGAGAACCCAGCGUAGCACAGUGGCUGUGACUCUGAGCCAGACAAUUCGCUGUUCAAAUGUCACCUCCCUAUGGCCAGCCCUACUGUUAAUGCUGGCAACCAGCAAAUUGCACAAAAUAUUCACUGAGUGAUAGUUGCCGGAAAUGGAGAGGUUGUUGUUUUCGAAGGUUACCUUAUUUUUCGCUCUAUUGGACAGUUUUCCCCCUCCAAAAAUUGAGGGGAAAUGUGUGUACGUCCUAUGGAGUGAAUGCAGGCUUGUUCCAUAGCCGCGCGCAACCCCUCCAGCAGGGAGAGGUUGCGUGGGGCUAAAGAGGAAGCCAAAGCAGCGAGCGGGAUCCAUCCCGCUGGCUGCCUUGGCUUGUGCCAUAGCCGCGCGCAACCCCUCCGGCAGGGAGAGGUUGUGUGCAGCCUGUACGCUGCUCUUUGGGGCUGGGGGGGGGGAGGUUUUUUUAAUUGAUUUCCCCGUCUAAAAACUAGGUGCGCCCUAUGGUCCGGUGCGCCCUAUGGUGCGAAAAAUACGGUAAUUCAUAACAGUAAGACUGGUUUGUGAAGGUCAUCGGUCGUUCUUUGAGAGCAUGCUUUGCCUGCACAUCCAUGGCGAUUCCUUACAGUGCCCACAUGCUCAGAAUCUGGUCCUCUGCUACUUUCUGCUGAUGGCCAACUGCUUCACUUGCCCAUAGGUUGGGCUGGCUCUUUCUUGUUCCAGGGUAGAAUUUUCUGGUGGAGGUGGCAGUACAGGAACUGCUGUAGUGUUGAAAAAGAUGAUGUUGCAGUUUAGUGGUUAAGAAGUGUGAGCUGAGGCUCCGGAAACACCUGGUUCAAGUCUCACCUUUGGGAGGAAGCACCUUUUAAAGGCAGGUGAAAGUGCAACUAUCACCCCUGAGGAAGACAUUGUGUGGAAACACAAUGGGCGGUUUGGGGCAGGCUUCCGUUCCUCUUUACUUCACAGCUCACUGAGGGGGCCUUAAACCAGCCACAUGCCUUGUCCACGCACACAGAUAUCCCUGUUUGCACCAUGGCAGUGAUAAGACUGGUCUAUGUUACUGGUUCUUGUACAGAUUACUGAGAUCAUGCACAUAUAGUGCUUCAGCAAAAGUUCUGCAUGAACACAAGGUAUUGUUAUCAUAGUACCUUUAAGGGGUGUGUGUGGGACACAGAAGUGUUUACCAUGCUCUCUUUCAUUCUUGCAGUAGGAAGUAGAAUUUAAAAAUAGCCCAAGAGAAACCUUCUUCCUCUUUUUCUCAGCUGCAAAUUAGAGAAAGGCAAAAGAAAGAGUAAUAAUCGUAAGGAUGUGAUGAGUAGCAAUCAUAGAUUUGUGGUGUUGUUGUUGUUGUUUAGUUGUUUAGUCAUGUCCGACUCUUUGUGACCCCAUGGACCAGAGCACACCAGGCACUCCUGUCUUCCACUGCCUCCCGCAGUUUGGUCAAACUCAUGUUAGUAGCUUCGAGAACAGUGUCCAACUAUCUCGUCCUCUGUCGUCCCCUUCUCCUUGUGCCCUCCAUCUUUUCCAACAUCAGGGUCUUUUCCAGAGAGUCUUCUCUUCCCAUGAGGUGGCCAAAGUAUUGGAGCCUCAGCUUCAGGAUCUGUCCUUCCAGUGAGCACUCAGGGCUGAUUUCCUUCAGAAUGGAGAGGUUUGAUCUUCUUGCAGGCCAUCUUCGGCAGCACAUAUACUAAAAUUGGAACGGCAAGAGUCUCCUCCAGCACCAUAAUUCAAAAGCAUCAAUUUUUCGGCGAUCAGCCUUCUUUAUGGUCCAGCUCUCACUUCCAUACAUCACUACUGGGAAAACCAUAGCUUUAACUAUACAGACCUUUGUCGGCAAGGUGAUGUCUCUGCUUUUUAAGAUGCUGUCUAGGUUUGUCAUAGCUUUUCUCCCAAGAAGCAGGCGUCUUUUAAUUUCGUGACUGCUGUCACCAUCUGCAGUGAUCAUGGAGCCCAAAAAAGUAAAAUCUCUCACUGCCUCCAUUUCUUCCCCUUCUAUUUGCCAGGAGGUGAUGGGCCCAGUGGCCAUAGUCUUAGUUUUUUUGAUGUUGAGCUUCAGACCAUAUUUUGCGCUCUCCUCUUUCACCCUCAUUAAAAGGUUCUUUAAUUCCUCCUCACUUUCUGCCAUCAAGGUUGUGUCAUCUGCAUAUCUGAGGUUGUUGAUAUUUCUUCCGGCAAUCUUGAUUCCAGCUUGGGAUCAUCUAGCCCAGCCUUUUGCAUGGUGAAUUCUGCAUAUAAGUUAAAUACAGCCUUGCAUAGAGGACUGUAAAAUCGACGUGAAAAUAGGUGAUGUGAACUUAUUAGAAUUAAGAUCUGCGGAUGAUAGGCUAGAAUGUAUGGACUGCAAUGUGAAACAGGACGAGCCAGCUCACCCAGACCCCUGGACCUCAGCAGGUGCCACUGUGAUGCAAUUGUCCUACAGCCCUGUCCUCACUUCUGGACUGUCUUUGUUUCCCCAGUAUCUGAAGAGGAGCUGAUGGCCAUUGAAGAGUACAACCUCAACGUGGUGAGGCUCUGCUUCCAAGCUUUCCUCCCUGAUGAACACGGCAACUGCACGCUACCCCUUGCCCCAGUCAUCUCCAACCCGAUUUAUGACAACCGUAAGUAUCUGCGAAUCAGAUUGCGAUUCAUCUCUCUGUCUCUCUUUUUGCUGCUGGGCUCCCUGCCUGAUUGUUGGGAUACUGCCGGGGAGACGGGGGCAUCAGGCAGGGAAGAGGCAGACAGAGAAAUGUGUAAGCAUAACGUACAGCAUUUUAUUCAGCAUAGUUCAGGAACAAGAAAACAUGUCUGCUUCCCUUCGUCUCCAGCAAAACAGCAGCAGCACAAAAGCUAUAUACAAACGGAAGUUCCCAGCAGACUGUGCUGGAAGUAAACAGGCAUGUGACACAAUACAAUCAUGCCCGUACCCUUUUAAGGUGGAAUGGAACUAUAUCGUAACACUGAUGACCCCUUGGCCCAAGCCAUUCUCUCUGGGUUAGGGCUGAUCCACACAUACAUUGCUCAAUAUCUCUCGUGAUUGGGUCACACACUCAGCCAUUUCCUCAUUCCCCAUCUCCUCCAGAAGCCCACUUACCACAAUAUCCUGUAAUUAUCCAGCACAGCCCUAAUGGAGAGGGAGGUUGAAAAUGAAGGAACACAACCGGGAGGGGGCUGGUGCACUAGGGUGAAUGAGGCCCCCUCUCACCAACCUCAGCAUGUCUUUGGCUACUCUCCACUUGUCUGCCUUUUUUCUUUCAACCAGUCCAGGGAUACCACCACAUUUGCUUAAUGUGUCAUGUACCAGACAAAAAUCAAUAUUUGCAGAUCUUGGUUAAAAAUGGAAUACGCUUAUACGUGACCAAGACAUGUUCAAACAAUAGACUAGUGACAGGAAGUACCGUAUUUUUCGCUCUAUAAGACGCACCUAGUUUUUGGAGGAGGAAAACAAGAAGAAAAAAAUUCUGAAUCUCAGAAGCCAGAACAACAAGAGGGAUCGCUGCACAGCGAAAGCAGCAAUCCCUCUUGCUGUUCUGGCUUCUGGGACAGCUGCGCAGCCUGCAUUCGCUCCAUAAGACGCACACACAUUUCCCCUUACUUUUUAGGAGGGAAAAAAUGAGUCUUAUAGAGCAAAAAAUACGGUACUAGGUAAAUUUCAGCUGAAUAGGUUGAUAUAGCCAGUUCUGACAAACGCCGUGGUCUAAUGUUGUCAGUGCCAUUUUGAUAGACUGAAAGAGUGUGAAGAUACCCUCUUCUCCCUCAGUAUCUGAGGAUGAAAUCACAAGACUCCUUCGGGUAGUGAUAAAGCGGGAUAUCAAAUCCAAACUCUUCUUCUUCUUCAAUGUUUGGCAAUAGACCUUUCUGCUAUGAGUGGAUUGGAGAUCAUCUAUCAUUUUACACACACACACACACACACACACACACACACAAUACUAUACUUUUUAUUCAAUUUUAACAUUAUCACAGUCUUAACAGUGUAGAACAUUUAUACAGUCGUACCUCGGAAGUCAAACGGAAUCUGUCCUGGAAGUCCAUUUGACUUCCAAAAAGUUCAGAACCAAGGUGCGGCUUCCGAUUGGCUGCCAGAAGCUCCUGCAGCCAACUGGAAGCCGCGGAAGCUGCGACAGAUGUUCAGGUUCUGCGGAAGCCUCCACGGAUGUUCAGUUUCGCAAACCGGUAUGCUCAUUUCCGGCAUUACAGCGUUCAGGAGCCAAAGCGUUCAACUGGCAAGGCGUUUGUCAACCAAGGUACGACUGUACACUCUUGAAUCUAUGGAAUACAAAAACCAGUAAUAAACAUUUCUGAGACAUCUUAAUAUUAUAACUAUUAAGAAUCAGGUGUUGACUAAAGAAGCAAAGAGAUUGCAUGAGAUGAAAUCUAUAAAUAGAACAUAAUACAGUAUUUAUUAAGUGCAUUCAUCAGCAUUAUUUGAGUGGCAGUUGUCUAGUAAUAGAAAAUUAGAUAUUCCAGUGAGUCUGGAGCAGGAUCUGUCAUUGUUUUUCAUUCUUCUUUUGUCUUCUUUAGAAUAUCUAAUUUAGGUCUGAAAUUUCCACCCUUUAGAUGUCCAUGCAUGUGUCACUUGACCUUUAAGAUACUUCUGAGGAAACAUCUGCAGGGCCAUGUUAGAUCACUGGGGCUUCUUCCUGGUUACAAAUAUGUAGAGUAAGGAACUGCAGACUGUUAAGCUGAGUGGUGGUUUAGUCAGUGAUGGCAGCUGUCCAGCAGAAUGGGUGGGGCAGAUGACUGAGCAGUUCACAGUAGGUGCACCCAGAGUAGCUGGUCAACCCACAAGGUAGGUGUCAUGGUUGCCAUCUAUAGGAUUAACACAAAAAGUGCACGCCUUAUUGAAGCAGUUGGUUUCCAUCCAUAUUUUCUUGGAAUUUGCUGCAAAUAUGUCUUUGAUUUUGAGGGUGGGAUUCAGUUCCAUACUUUCAGUCCUGUUAUGUAAUUGAAGUAAGUUUGGCACUUUUGUGCAACAAACUACUACUACUACUAGUAGUAAUAGUAAUAAUAAUAAUAAUAAUAAUUUAUUAUUUCUACCCCACCCAGCUGGCUGGGUUUCCCCAGCCACUCUGGGUGGCUUCCAACAGAACCCUAAAAUACAAUAAUAAUAAUAAUGAUAAUAAUACAAUAAUAAUAAAAAAAUACAAUAAUAAUAAUAAUAAUAAUAAACUUUUUUGUAGCAAGGAAGAUAGGAAAGCACACUGAAAAGUAUGGGAUGACAAUUGCUUCACAUAACAUCAUCUAACUUCCCUACACAUCAGUCAGAAAGAUUGCUCUGUAAAUAGCAAAUGUUGUUUAACCUUGGUACAAAUAUUAUUCAAGCAAAUCGGGUUGGAUGCUCAAUAAACAGGUGAUCUGGAGGUGACCUGUGACUUUACAUGGCUAACAGGGACAUUUGGUGAAUAUGCAUUUGGCGUGUUUGCAAACUGCCCUGGAGCUCUAUUGCUCCAGAGGAGUGUUAAGUUUUUCCUCCCAAUUGUAUUUCAGCACAGUACUACGGCAGAGUUUUGUGGCAGAUAGUUGCUCACCGAACAACACGCUUGCCUGCAGAGCUUCCUUUCCCACCUCUCUAUUUUUAAGCACGAGUUACCGUAAACAUCCUCACCGACUCUCCUUCUCUCCUCUAACGAUUGUUUCCUUUUUUCUGCUUAGGGGCUCCCAAUUCAGCAGAACUGAGAAUCUGUCGUGUGAACAAAAAUUGCGGAAGUGUGAAAGGAGGGGACGAAAUCUUCCUACUGUGCGACAAAGUUCAGAAAGGUAACUGGCUUCCUCCAGACUUCCUCCUGUGUCUGCAGAGAAAGGGAAAUGUGCAAGAGUCUUAUGGUCCGUAAACUGGGUCUUCUGGAGUCAGGCAGGCUAGGAUCCAGAGUCAGGCAUGAAACAACAGGCAAACCGCUGGAAAUGGUUGUUGGGCAGCCUCAGUGUGAUCUCCUGAUCAGCAUCUGACCUGAGAUCCUCUUCUGGAGGCUCAGAAGAAGAAGAAAUUUGGCAAGAGCUGAAGUUGUUUUCUUGUUUGGAAUCACCUGAUCUUCAGGGCAGCUUCCAACAUGACAACUUCCCUUUGCAGAUCAGCAAUAACAGUGUUAGGGUUCGGUGUACAAGGUCAGCAGGUGAUUCAGGGCUGGCAAAAGAAUGUCUUUUCCACACACCGUGCGUCAUUAAUUUAUUAAAUUUGCUGGUUGGCUGCUGUCUUAGAUGCCGUUCAAAGAGGAAUAGACAAAUUCAUGGAGGGGAGAGUGAAUCAUGAUUUGGCCAUGAUUUCAUUUCACUUUUAAUUAGUAUACCGCCUUUCUAUAUUGCUAUGCAGAAGGCGAUGGACAAGCUGAAGAAACAACAAAAUAGACAACAAAGGCCACACACAUAAUAGCAAUCUGAUCCAGUACAGAUAAGGCACAAUAACUUUAAAAUAAACAACAUAUCAAAUAAAGCAAUAUUCGGCGAUCCAUUAGAUUAUAAUAGUAAUCAGUAAAAUUAAAUAUCAGCAAAUAAUAAUUAAGCAGCUUACACUUAUCAGUUACAAUGAAGAAUUACUAAACUACAGUCAUACCUCGGGUUACAGACACUUCAGGUUGCGUUUUUUCAGGUUACAGACUGCCGAAACCCGGAAGUACUGGAACGGGUUACGUCUGGGUUUCGGCGGUCGCACAUGCACAGAAGCGCUAAAUCGCAACCCGCGCGUGUGCAGACGCGCCACUGCAGGUUGCGAACGUUGCAGGUUGCGAACAUGCAUCCCGCACGGAUCACGUUCGCAACCCGAGCGUCCACUGUAUAAUCAAUAAAAAAUAAUGGCACAGCACAAUGCGUGAAAUACCAGAAAACAAACCAAACCAUGUAAAAGGAUCAAAGUGAGAAACAAGGACACACAACCUAUAAAAUCAUUUUUUUUAAAUAUCCCUGAACUCCUCUUCUCUCUUUCCAGCUGCUUCUGCUGUUCACAGAGAGUGUGGUGUAGUGGUUAAGAGCGGUGGACUCGUAAUCUGGUGAACCGGGUUCGCGUCUCCGCUCCUCCACAUGCAGCUGCUGGGUGACCUUGGGCCAGUCACACUUCUCUGAAGUCUCUCAGCUCCACUCACCUCACAAAGUGUUUGUUGUGGGGGAGGAAGGGAAAGGAGAAUGUUAGCCGCUUUGAGACUUGUUAAGGGGAGUGAUAAAGCGGGAUAUCAAAUCCAAAAUCUUCUCUUCUUCUUCAGAGUCAUGGCCUGGGAAAGGCUUCUAGGGCUGGAAGGUGGGGCAAGGCAGGUGGGAAAAGCCAUUGCCUGGUGGCCACAAGUUGAUGGCUAAGUGGAACCUUGAUAAUAAUCAUAAUUAAUAAUAAUUUCUAUUUAUACCCCACCCUCCCCAGCCAAGGCCGGGCUCAGGGCGGCUAACAAGCAAUAAUAAAAAGAAAUUGAAUGAAUACAACUUUAAAACAAGAUUAAAAUAUUGAAACAUUAAAAUAUUAAAAUACAGCCUCAUCACAGGAGGAGAAGGAAAAAGAAAGAGGGGGAGGGAAUCAAACUGGCUCCAAGCCAAAGGCCAGGUGGAACAACUCUAUCUUACAGGCCCUGUGGAAAGAAAUCAGAUCCCGCAGGGCCCUGGUCUCAUGAGACAGAGCGUUCCACCAAGCCGGAGCCAGUGUUGAAAAGGCCCUGGCUCUGGUUGAAGCUAAUCUAACUCCCUUAGGGCCUGGGACCACUAGGGUGUUGCUAUUUAUGGACCUUAAGGUCCUCCGUGGGGCAUAUCAGGAGAGGUGGUCCCGUAGGUACGAGGGUCCUAGGCCAAGGGUGAUAGGCAGUACCCCAGAUACAAGGGCCAUUGCCUUCGCUCCUUCCUUGUGGUUGGCAUCCUAGAGGCAUCUGGUUGGCCACUGUGUGAAGAAGGAUGCUGAGCUUAAUGGACCUUCUGACCUGAGCCUGCAAAAGGCGCCUCUCCUUUGCUCACCUAAUCAUUCAAAACUGAUAAUAGUGUGAUGCCACGGAUUGAGUUUGGGAUUAGGCAUGGGGGAGGGUCCUUACUCCUUCACAGCGCUCGCUGGACAGCCUCGAGCAAAGCCAAUUUAGCGUGACCUAAGUUAACCUCAUAGGGUUGCCGUAAGAUAAACGGCAAGAGCAGAAAGCAGAACUUGGGCGGCGAUGCUAAGAAGUGCUUGACUCUCUUCCUCUUCUUUUUCUUCUUCAAAUCGUUGCGCUAACUCCAACGCUUUGUUGUUUUUCUGGCAACCAGAUGACAUCGAAGUCCGAUUCGUCAUGAACGAAUGGGAAGCCAAGGGGAUUUUCUCGCAAGCCGACGUGCAUCGGCAAGUGGCCAUUGUCUUUAGGACACCUCCCUUUUACAAAGACAUCGGCGAGCCCGUGACUGUGAAGAUGCAGUUGCGCAGGCCUUCGGAUCAAGAGGUCAGCGACCCCAUGGACUUCAGAUACCUGCCGGAGGAGAAAGGUACUGCACUGGCUGGAGGAAGCAAGCCCCCUUGGGGUUAAUAGCAGAGCUUUCUGAACUUUUCAUGCUGGUGAACACACUUUUUAGACAUGAAUCAUUUCGUGGCACAGUAAUUCAGUUUUACUAGCAAACCAGAGGUUAAACAAACGCCUUUCCAUUCGCUUGAGCGUUCACACUGACACACUGCAGCCAACACACUAAUGUUUCACAUCACUCAGUUUGGAAAGCUCUGUGUUAAUGAAAUACACGGUGGGAGGCAAGUUUUCCUCCCCAUGUCAUCGUUCUCACCAUCCUAUACUUCAUGGGGGGCAACUGGCCAAGGAGCCUUCUGUAUUCACGAUUGUAUCAGCAUGUGUCGGAACCCUGAUUUCCCAGGAUUUUAAGACAUGCAGGGACCCAAAGCUCUCCGAUUCAGUCACCCUCCAUGAGUUGUAGAACAACGAGAAGGUUGAUGGGGUAGUGGAAGUAGCAAGCCAUUAUGUAUGUCCUCACCUGACCUUCAUGUACUUAGACAGUGUUAAAUGUGUAAUUCUGAAGAGGACUCAUUUCGCACACAUUGGAUAACUAAUGCAGGGUUUUCUAGUGCUGCUGAAUCAAAUCUCGGAAGAAGUUGCACAGGAACCAGAUUGGUCACUGAUCUUACAAGAACCUAUUUUCACAACCACUUCCUCUUCCGUUUCCACUACAGUGUUGCUGCCGCCAGUGAGAUAUUUUUAAGACUGAAGUCAAAGACUGCUUAACUUUUAAUGCUGGGCAGCUUCCUCUUCUGCCCUAAUAAAAAGUUACUCUCUCAAAGGAGGAGGAGGAGGAGCCACAACCUUUAAAACUCAACACAUGAAAGUCCUUUCAGAACAGAGCCUUAUAUUUAGUCUUGCAGGAAUGUUCUGACCCCUGCCCUCCCUAUUUAAGUGUAAAUAGGAAGGAGUGGUAGAACACUUGCUUGGCAUGCAGAAGGUCCCAGGUUCAAUCCUUAACAUCUCCAGCUUAUAUAUGGGGGGGGGGGUCAAGCAGCAAAUGAUGGGAAAGAGAUAGGCCUGGGACUCUGCUGGUCCAGUUAGUGGCCUGGAAGACCAAAUAGCCCAAUUCUCCCAUAUAAGACAAUUUCCUAUAUUCCACUAAAAAUCUGAACAGAACUCAAAACUGGGCCUCUCUUCCUCUGGAAACAUCGCUAACUGCAAUCCCAUUUUCUCCUCCACUUUUAGAUCCUUACGGUCAUAAGGCAAAAAAACAGAGAUCACCGAUUGCUUUGCAGAAGCUAAUGCAAGACUGUGGUAAGGAUACUCCCCCCCCCCUCCAGGGAUGUGGGUGGCGCUGUGGUCUAAACCAUGGAGCCUCUUGGGCUUGCCGAUCAGAAGGUUGGCAGUUCAAAUCCUGGAAUGGGGUGAGCUCCCGUUGCUCUGUCCCAGCUCCUGCCAACCUAGCAGUUCGAAAGCAGGCCAGUGCAAGUAGACAAAUAGGUACCGCUGUGGCGGGAAGGUAAACGGCGUUUCUGUGCGCUCUGGCUCCUGUCACAGUGUCCCGUUGCACCAGAAGCGGUUUAGUCCUGCUGGCUACGUGACCUGGAAAACUGUCUGUGGACAAACGCCGGCUCCCUUGGCCUGAAACCAGAGAUGAGUGCUGCACCCUAUAGUCAAAUUUGACUGGACUUAACUAUCCAGGGGUCCUUUUUACAUUUUCCUUUUACUCCCCGCUCCAAUUCCCCUUGUUUUGAUGUUCUGUAGUAACAGCCAAAAUAUUUUUUUAAGCUUCCAUCACAAGAUGCUUAUCGUUUUGAUGGAUGGGCUGUGUUGGGAGGGGGGCCCUGUGCAACUCAAAUACCUCUGUGGCAUCGCAUCCUACCCCCCCCCCAUUAGGGUCCCUACCAGUGAGAGUCAGGCUGCAUGGACAAUACCACGGGCAAAGGGGGUCAGGUUUUGCCUUCAGCGCAAACAAGUGCCUCUAGGUCGUAUUUUUCCUACAGAGGAAUAAAUACCAUGCACUCACUUCUGUAGGGGGAUGCAGAAAGGUUCCAGACUCCACUGGGCAGCGCCUGAAGGUUCUUUCAAAUGUCCCUGAUGAUCCCAGUCAUCAACAAUUAUUAUUAUUAUUAUUAUUAUUAUUAUUAUUAUUAUUAUUAUUUACUUUUGCUACUUGCUUUCUGCAGAAGAAAAGUCUCAAAACGACUAAACGAAAUGAAAUACAAACAGAUACAUGUUUGGCUUAUACUUUAUUUUAACCAAGAAUGUUCAGCGGAGAGUUCCUAAAAUGAUUGUCCAAAACACAAUGGAUGGAUUAGGAACGCUCCCCCACUCUGCUAAAAGAUUAGCACCACAAUGGAGCCUAACUUACCGUAUUUUUUGCACCAUAACACUCACUUUUUUCCUCCUAGAAAGUAAGGGGAAAUGUCUGUGCGUGUUAUGGAGGGAAUGCCUACGGGUGGCAUGCCUACGGAUUUUCCUCCUCUAAAACCUACGUAAGUGUUAUGGUCGGGUGCGUGUUAUAGAGCGAAAAAUACGGUAAUUACCAAAGGCCUGGGUAAAUAGAAUACCUUGGCCUGGUGUCGGCACAGGUGCUACCAGGUGUGCUUCCUUAGGGAGAUCAUUCCAGAAAUAGGGACCCACCACUGAAAAGGCCUGUUAUUGUGCAGCCAACCUCCAUAACUCCUUCAGUAUGAGGCACACAGAGAAGGGCCUCUCAUGAAGUUUAAUUUUGCCCUCAAGACCCCCUUCUUAACUGUCUUCCACCUUGCAUCUGUUUGGCAGCAGUCACCACCUAAGAGGGCUGAUAUAUGAUUAUUAUUUUUUAGAAGAAAAUGCACAGCCUAACCACCUUUUCCCCCUGGCAGGUCCAUACGAGAGGCCUAAACCUUCUGUGUUCCAGAAUACUGCUGGUGAGGCAAAGAUAAUUAAGAAAGGUUGGUUACCCCAUGUUCUUCCUUUGUCUUUCUUCCUUCCCAUAUCUGCUUUCAUUUAUUUAAUUUGUUUGCUAAAUUUGCAUGCCGCCCUUCACCCGUAGAUCUCUCGGUGCCUCACAACAUAAUCUCUACCAUGACCAUGAACAUUGUGUGGGGAUGUAGUAGAUCGCAAUGGGGGCAUCUGCCACACUAUGCCUCUCCCAGUGAGGAGGUCCUGUACACUGUACAGCAUUAAUUUCCCCCUUUCUCUUCCCAUAUAUGGGCAGUGACAUCAUCUUGAGGCAGGCAGCGAGAAUGCACUGAGAUUCCAUUAUGGAUUAAGUUCCACAGCUGAGUUCAGGGGAAUCCUGGGAGCAUUCACUGGAAUAAUGGGACAACCCAAGUUACUUAUGAACUGACAUGCCUAAGGGGGCACCGGCUCUCCUGAGCAAAGGUUGGGGGUUCACAGGACGCUGCAGGUGGGCAAGGAGAGAAAAGAGAAGUUGAGUUGAGGAGUGGAAGUCCGUUCCACAUACCAACAAACACUAUUGAAUUCAAGAAUCGCUGCCUCUCCUGGUAUGCCCCACGGAGGACGUUAAGGUCCACAAAUGACAACAUUUUGGAGGUCCCAGGUCGCAAGGUGGUUAGAUUGGUCUCAACUAGGGUCAGGGCCUUUUCAGUACUGGCCCCGACUUGGUGGGACGCUCUGUCACAAGAGACUAGGGCCUUGCGGGACUUGACAUCUUUCUGCAGGGCCUGCAAGACAGAGCUGUUCCGCCUGGCCUUUGGUUUGGACUCAGUCUGACCCUUUUGUUUCCCUCCCCUUAUAGUUUUGAUCUAUGGGCUACUUUUAAAAUGAGGCUGCAUUUUAAAUUGCAUUUUCACCUGUAUUUUAAAUUGGGUUUUUUUCCUAUUAUGUUUUUACUGUAAUUGUACUGGUGUUAGCCGCCCUGAGCCUGGCUCUGGCCAGGAAGGGUGGGGUAUAAAUAACUAUUAUUAUUAUUAUUAUUAUUAUUAAUUUUAUUUAUAUCCCGCCGUCCCCAGCCGAAGCUGGGCUCAGAGUGGCUAACAACAGUAAAAUGAUAAAACAUUCUAAAAUCAUUUCAUUAUAAAAUUAAUUCCAAUCAAAUUAAUGGCAACCAUUGGGCUAGAAGUUCUGUGAGGAUUGCCAAAGGAGGGAGUCAGGCUGCGCCCUGACCAAAGGCCUGGUGGAACAGCUCUGUCUUGCAGGCCCUGCGGAAAGAUGUCAAGUCCCGCAGGGCCCUAGUCUCUUGUAACAGAGCGUUCCACCAGAUUGGAGCUACAGCUGAAAAACCCCUGGCUUUUUUAUAUUAUCAUCAUCAUCAUCAUCAUCAUCUAUGGUUAUACAUGACUUGCACUAUCUCACCUGUGUUGAUUCUUUCUCACAGAACUGAAUAUGUAUCACUCUCCAGGGGAUGUCCUCCUCCCGCCUCAGAGAACACCUGCACAGACCUUUCCAAUCCAGUCCUACUAUUCCCCUCCGAUGAGCAACCACAGUUCCAAUGGAUGCGCUGACCCAUCUCUGCAGAUGGCAGGGCCCGUUAAGCAGGACGGAGCUCCUCUGCCAUGCUGGCGUUCCUCCGGUUCAUCUCUCAGCUCUUUCCUGCAGCAAGGCAACUUUUCAGGAGAAGCGCCACACACCAGCGCGCAGAACGGCGGCUCUCCGUCGCUGGGACAGGAAGGCAGCCUGCACUGGGCCAACGAAAAGGAUGGGAACCUCUACAGAGCGCUCUUUGGAGCCACGAAUGGCCAAACAUCAUCAGCAUCAUCCAUGUAUCAGCAAGACAUGUUGAGUGUCUCCAGCGCUUCCGGCAACCAGCCUCUUCGCCCUGUAAAUGUUGCAACGCCCAAUGGCAAUGGCAUGGAGAUGGAUGACGCCCGGUGCUCAAGCGUAAUGUUGGAGAAGGCAUCCUUCACCCAAGUUUUGAAUCCGAGCGAUCACAGGAGGCAAGUCCAGCCAGCGUCGCAUCCUGGCAUGUCAGUAGCAGUUUCAGGUAGCGCAUCUUCAAGUACCAUCUCCAGCACCUUUGAGACGAUGCCCUUCGCUUACCUGGAUAGCCUCAAUGAAUCAAGACCGCCCAGCAACCUUGCUGUGCAGAAUCCGAUGAAUUUAUCCAAUAACCAGUACUUUCCAUACAGCACCCAAGACGAAGAGUUCCUUAGCUCUUUUGGGGGCAAUUUUGAUGCCAUUAUUUAAAGCUCUGAAUAGCGAUCAGAUCAAGUUGUUGCUCCGGUAGACAGGCAAUGGUUUCUUUCAACAGGGUAAUUAGAUUUUACAUGACUUUUGCGGGAAAGUAAUCUUCCUUUUCAAUGCACUAGUAUAUGCUGGAAUUUAAACAAUGCCAUUUUAGGAUUAGUGAUGGAGGGGCAAUCAGGUGAGGUU